CUCGUGUUCCAUGACGGGCAGCUUGGUGUCUAUGGUGCCGCGCCGCGGUGUUUGCUGGGAUACCUCCGCCCUCCCCGUAGUCCUCCCAGUUUGCGCUGCCUGAGGUCCGUGUCUUGUAGCAAGAUGGCGGCGCUGGGCUCGGGCUGACAAGACAAGCAGAAGAAGGAGGAAAAAAAAACCCAACAACAAAUCACAAAAAAAAUAAUAAAACAACAAAUCAACCACAAGCAAUACCCGCCGCCGGUGAUCUGAGUCCUCGCUGUUCUCGUCGAGGUGUGACAGGCCCUGAUAUAACCCCCCACCGACCCCCGGUCUGGCUGGCUGGCUCUCCACACCCCAAUAGACAGACACCCGAGACAGACCGCGGCCCCACACUCACAGCAUCACUCGGGCUCUGCAUAUAGGGCAGCAACGUGGUGUGCACACACACACACACACACACACAUAUAUAUAUAUAUACACACACACACACACACACAGCAUAAUUUACUGUGCAGAAUAGGUAGCCAUUCAUAGUGUUGCUAAUAUUAGCCCUGACAACUUGAUGAAAACUGUCAAAUGAGCACACAGCAGUGACACCCUAAGUACAAAACCCAAUUGCACCUCAAGGGCAAAUACCAGGGGCUCAUGUAUAUCUAAUAGCUGCUUGCAAACCAUCCAGGAGCGGAGAGGCACAUAUAGGAAGAGCAGGGACUGAGCAAUCUGCCUAGUACACACAUUUUUGAUUAUUACAACUGUUUGCAUGGCCCAAGGGUCUGUGAUUGUGUAGUAGUUGUGGUUGUUUGUUAGCGGGUUCUCGCAUGAGUUCCCCGGACCGGAGUCGGCGGCAGCAGGAGAGAGAGGGAGCCCCGGAGCCCGAGAAGAGGAAGACACAAACCCCCUGCAGCAGCCAGGAACACAGCCCCGUUGGAGACAGGUCAGCAUGUGCAUUGAUGUAUUCUGUAACGGUCAUGACAUAAUUCUGUUUUGUAUUUUUUAUUCAUUUCAUCUGUACAUUGUGCUAGCCGAACCACAAAAAGCUGUAGCCAUGACUGCCAGAAAUGGAUGAUAGAUGCUGUCUGUGAUGACUUGUGGCAUGCCGUUGCAUGGAUGGGUGGCUACAUAUGGAGCCACUACUCUUCUAUCUGGCAGUCACCAUGGAGGGGGUAUAUACAUUCUUCCAGCAAGUAUAUUCAUUUUUAAAAGGGGAUCUUUGCAUGUGGAUUUUUGGAACAAUCCAAUAGCUAACAAAGUCAGCUGCAGGUUGUAUAGUUAUUGUUUAAAAAAAUCUAAGCAGAUUUCUUAUACUUUUAUGUUGCAUGUUUUUUAGGUUUUUGUAUUUCGGCAUCACGAGGGUACAUGCACGCUCAUAUGGCGCUGUGGAAGAAAUGUCUGAGAAGCAUUUUUCAACAGCUGCACAAAUAAGCACGUGCGCCCAGAACAUCACGAGUCUUUUAAAUCACCCUAAACAUGGAAAUAUCUCCACUGCAUGGCUUACACCAUUAAACGUUUCCAAAGAAUUUUCUGUGGUGAGAGAAUGUGGAACUAGAACCUCUAGAGUUAUAGUUCCACAUUAAUCUGUACUUAAAUGAACAGUCCAAACACCUACAGCACUUUAGCUUGCUGAAGUACUUUUAUGUGUGAAGAGUGUGUCCUCUUAUUCUUGUUUAAAAAAAAGGGGGGCAGUUUUCAAUAGAAAUUCACACUUUUUAAAUAUCAAUUAACCUUGUUAAACUCCUUGGCUAUAAAUCACACAACCAUUCCUGGUACUUCCUGGUAGUUUUAGCAUAUUGAAGCUAAACUGAAGAUUGGGGAAGCCCCGAAAUGAAAAUUCAGGAUGCCCUUGGCUGAAAACCGAAACAGAAAAUGACCUUUUUCCCCCAAAUGAUUUUAAAAGCUUUUUUUCUAUGAUUUUAUUAUACUUUUUAAUGAAUUUAUUGAAUAUAAUAUAAAAAAAACUACAAGCCAAUAAAAUAAAUAGCCACACUUUUAUUGAAAGUAACACACCAAAAUUGGACAGAAAAUAACUUUAAAAAAAAUAAAUCUGUUAAAUCUGUUUGUUAUAUAGGACUGAAGAAUAAUAUAUUGUUGAUAUUAAUUUAAUAACAAUAUACAUUCUUAUACAGGUCUUGAUGGUAAGGUAUGUCUUUUUGCUGAUGAUACUAAGAUAUGUAACAGGGUUGAUGUUCCAGGAGGGAUAAGCCAAAUGGCAAAUGAUUUAGGUAAACUAGAAAAAUGGUCAGAAUUGUGGCAACUGACAUUUAAUGUGGAUAAGUGCAAGAUAAUACAUCUUGGACGUAAAAACCCAAGGGCAGAGUACAGAAUAUUUGAUAGAGUCCUAACCUCAACAUAUGAGGAACGGGAUUUAGGGGUGAUUAUUUCUGAUGACUUAAAGGUAGGCAGACAAUGUAAUAGAGCAGCAGGACAUGCUAGCAGAAUGCUUGGUUGUAUAGGGAGAGGUAUUAGCAGUAGAAAGAGGGAAGUGCUCAUGCCAUUGUACAGAACACUGGUGAGACCUCACUUGGAGUAUUGUACACAGUACUGGAGACCGUAUCUUCAGAAGGAUAUUGAUACCUUAGAGAGUUCAGAGAAGGGCUACUAAACUGGUUCAUGGAUUGCAGGAUAAAACUUACCAGGAAAGGUUAAAGGAUCUUAACAUGUAUAGCUUGGAGGAAAGAUGAGACAGGGGGGAUAUGAUAGAAACAUUUAAAUACAUAAAUGGAAUCAACACAGUAAAGCAGGAGACUAUAUUUAAAAGAAGAAAAACUACCACAACAAGAGGACAUAGUCUUAAAUUAGAUGGACAAAGGUUUAAAAAUAUCAGGAAGCAUUACUUUACUGAGAGGGUAGUGGAUGAAUGGAAUAGCCUUCCAGCUGAAGUGGUAGAGGUUAACACAGUAAAGGAGUUUAAGCAUGCGUGGGAUAGGCAUAAGGCUAUCCUAACUAUAAGAUAAGGCCAGGGACUAAUGAAAGUAUGUAGAAAAUUGGGCAGACUAGAUGGGCCGAAUGGUUCUUAUCUGCCGUCACAUUCUGUGUUUCUUCAUUCAGUUCUAUGUAACAGAAUCAAAUUUAACAAUUUUUUUUAAUAUAUAAUUUUUUUUUUAACAAUUAUCCAAAUAAAGUAUACUCCUAGAAAACUAUUAUAUGCAAAAUAGUAAGGGCUAGGUAAAUUACAAUCUAGAUUUAGCUAUAUCACCAAUUAAGAAGCACAUAAUUAACUGCAUGCAUGUUUUCAUUGGGUUUAUAUCUACGAUAUAGUAUUUUGUACUCGGGCAGUAGAGUGUCCCUUUUAAGCUUUCAACCAAGAUAUGUCUAGCAUGGUUAUUUACUAAAGUGAGAAUUCAAAGUGAAUUUCAAUUCUAAAGUCAAAAUAGCCACACUGGAAACAAUCUCAAAGUCAGCUAUGCUCUUAGGCUACUCUGGCCUCGUAUUUGAUAUUCACCCUGAAUUAACAUUGGAUUCUCCCUGCUUUUGGAUAACCUUGCUAAUUUGUCUGAAUCUGUCAGCCACUUGCAGAAGCCACUUUAAUUUGAUAAAUAUCUAUGUGUUGAGUCUGUUCAAUGUAUCUUAUUUUGUUUCUAAGACACAACAUACUUUAGUUUUUUUACUGACUGUAAGAAAAUCCAAAAUUAAUGUCAUAUUAGGUUCCAUUUAAACCCUAAUACUUCAUUAGACAAAGCAUAUAUCAUUGAAUAAAGUGAUCAAUGGUGUACAGUUUUGCUUAAUGAAGAUAUUGGGUUAAAACUUACAUCCUGUCUAGCACAGUGAACCUUGUGUGUGUUACACUAAUUAUUUAUAUAGUGCCAACAAGUUCCGUAGCGCUGUACAAUGGGUGGACUAACACGUAUUUGUAUCCGGACAAGUUGGAUGCACAGGAACAGAGGGAUUGAGGGCCCUGCUCAGUAAGCUUACAUGCUAGAGGGAGUCGGGUAUAGUGACACAAAAGGUAAUGGUAGAAAAGUAGGUUGCUAGGAUAGUGUUCAUUGAGGGCUUAUUAUUCUAUCUUGAUGACAGUUUCAGGAGAGGAAUCAGGGUGUGAGGAGGGAAAGCUGUUCACAGUUUAAUUGAUAUGCUUUUCUGAAGAAGUAAGUUUUCAAAGAUUUUUUUGAAGGAGUGGAGACUUGGUGAAAGUCUAACAGAGAGGGGAAGGGCAUUCCAUAGGAACUGUGCAGCCCUAGAGAAGUCUUUAAGGUGAACAUCAGAGGUAAGAGUACGAGCAUAGGUUAGACGUAGGUCUCCGGCAGAGCGUAGGGGACUUGACGAGGCAUAUUUGUGUAUUAGUGAGGAUAAGUAGGUUGGAGCAGCAUUGUGCAGUGAUUUGUAAGCAAGUAUCAGGAUCUUUAAUUGAGUCCUAUAUCUUAUGGGAAGCCAAUGUAGGGACGGGGGAGGGGGGUAGGCCUUGGCCGGCAGGAAGAUGAGCCUCGCUGCCGCAUUUAUUAUAGACUGUAACGGGACAAGAGGUGGACAGUAAUUAGGUGGAGCCAUGGAUGAGGUGGCGAUAUGAGGUCAUUAGAGUCCCCUGUAAUUUUCUUUGUGGAUGGAUGCCAACAGCAUAUAAUUCUGUGCUGGUAGCUGAUUGCUUGACAGGUGGGGUGAGAGACAUUACUUUAAAAAAAAAUAAAUAAUAAUUUAAAAAAAGUCCAUACAUUUGCUAGCACAAUAUAUAGAUAAAUCACAGAUUUGUAUAUGCCAAAACUGUUACACUUUAAAAAUUGCCACCCUUAAUGGACCACUGUAGUCACUCAGACCACUUCAGCUCAAUGAAGUGGUCUGGGUGCCAGGUCCCCCAGGUUUUAACCCUGCAGCUGUAAACAUAGCAGUUUCAGAGAAACUGCUAGGUUUACAUUGCAGGGUUAAUCCAGCCUCUAGUGGCUGUCUUCCUGACAGGUGCUAGAGGCACUUCCCUGACGCUAAAUGUGAAAAUCGCUUUGUGCACGCAGAACGUCCAUAGGAAAUCAUUGAGAAAUGCUUUCCUAUUGGAGUUUUUAAAUGCAUGCGCAUUCAGCUCCACGUGGGACGUCGUGAUCCUUUAAUGUAAAACCUAACCAAAUUAUGUUAACAAAAAUCUGUAUAGCCAAACUCUAGAAUAUCUUUCAAAAUAAAAUAGAAUUAUGAAAAUAAGAUAGCAUACAGGGCAUGUUUUGGGUAAUGUCAAAUUUAGGCAAUAAAGACCAUAUGACACUGGUGUAGAUUGCUGUCUUGGAUUUUGCAUGGUUGGGUUAAAGGAACACUAUAGUCACCUAAUCAACUUUAGCUUAAUAAAGCAGUUAAUAAAGCCGUUUUAGUGUAUCGAUCAUGUCUCUCAGGUUUUACUGCUCCAUUCACUGCCAUUUAGGAGUUAAAUCACUUUUUCUGUUUAUGCAGCCCUUGCCACACAUCCCCUGGCUAUGAUUGACACAGCCUGCAUAAAAAAAACAAAAACUGAUUUCACUUUCAAUCAGAUGUAAUUUACCUUAAACAAUUUUAUCUCUUGCUUUGUAAAUUGAACUUUAAUCACAUGCAGGAGGCUCUUGCAGGGUCAAGCAAGCUAUUAACAUAACAGCGGAUAAGAAAAUCUAAAUUAAACAGAACUUACAAUAAAGGAAGGAUAAACUUUAGAUGACUCUUUACAGGAAGUGUUUAGGAAGGCUGUGCAAGCCACAUGCAGGGAGGUGUGACUAGGGUUCAUAAAUAAAGUGAUUUAACUCCUAAAUGGCAGAGAAUUGAGCAGUGAGGCUGCAGGGGCAUGAUCUAUACACCAAAACUGCUGCAUUAAGCUGAAAUUGUUCAGGUGACUAUUGUGUCCCUUUAACUAUCAAAGUCACCACAUCAAAGGCAUUUAGUGAAUCAUUUUUAUCUAUAGUAUUACACUACAAUGGUUUUAUAGUUUUUUUUUGUUUUUUUUUUGUGUGUGUGUGUGAUUGUUGAAAAUGAGUGUAUACAGUAUAGUGGAAAUAAUUAUUAGCAGUAUGGUUUUGUAGAGCUAAGUGACCGAGCUGUGUGUGCAAAUUAAGCCCUCUUCAAGGACCACUAGAGGCACCCAGAUCACUUAAGACAUGAAGGGUCUUGGUGCAGAGGUCUCACCACAGCCCUGUUAUGUAAAAAAUUGUAGUUUGAAGAUUCAUAUAUUGUAGCUGUCUUCCUGACAGCCAUUAGAAGUGCUUUCUCCAGAACUGUGUAAAAAAAACCUCAAUCCUGAAUUUGAAUGCAGCUGAUAGCAGCAUUUAAUUGGUGGAAUGCUGUGUUUUGCCACACGUUUUCUCCAAUCCAGUUCUUCUCUAUGAGAAGCAUUGUAUUAGACAAUAUCUCAAGUGACAUCAGCGUGGAUGCGGACAUUGACAGAGACUGAGCUAGAGGCUACUGUGGAAGAGUCUUAACGCUGGAAACUAGGUGACUUGUCGUUAUUUAACUUGGCUUUUACUGAGCAAAGGGGAGUGGACAAUGAUCACAACGCUUUAAAGGAACCUAUAGUCCCAAAAUAAUGAUUAUUUUCAGGACUUUAGGUUCCCUUUAAAUUUAUGGUUCUAUCUUCUGUAAAUUGAGUGUUUCUACCAGGACACAGUGACCUUUUCUCUUUAAGUUGUUAGCAUAUUGUGUUCAUGUAAAACUUGUUAUUUUCUUUCACACUUUGUUCAUAUUUUAAAGUGAUACUCCAAGCACCAAAAACUUAAACUUAAAGGGUCACUUUAGGCACCCAGACCACUUCAGUUAGUUGAAGGGGUCUGGGUGCAGUAAACUCGUUUGAGCAGGGCACUCAUCUAUCUGUUGUUCCUGUGUCAUUGUGUAAUUGUCUCAUUUAUUGUAAAUUUCCCUCUUUCAUAAUAUUGUAAUAUAUUGCACAGCGUGCAAGGCAGCAGGAAGAUCACUCCUCCCUCGCCCCCUUCAUAAUCAGUCAGCCGCCUGCCUGAACGAAUCUUGCGCUAUGAACCGCCUGCCUGCCUCUGUCUGUCCAGCCUCCUGCCUCGGCUCACUAUUAGCCGCCUGUCUGUCCGGCCACCCGCCUCGGCUCACUAUGAGCUGCCUGUCUGUCCAGCCUCCUGCCUCGGCUCACUAUGAGCCGCCUGUCUGUCCGGCCACCCGCCUCGGCUCACUAUGAGCUGCCUGUCUGUCCGGCCACCCACCUCGGCUCACUAUGAGCCGCCUGCCAGUCAGCUAGGGGGCUGAAGGGAGUCACUAAUUUCCUAAUCGCCAUGGCAACCUGGCGCCUGGGAUUUGUCAAGCCCUGCCUUAACCCUGGAAAGGUGAAUAUUGCAGUUUUUACUGAACUGCAAUAAUUACCUUUAUAGGUUAACUCUACCAGACCGCCGCUAGAGGGGCUUCCGGGUCGCUAGGCGACUUAUGGUCGCCUAACUGAUGCUGGUCGUCACGCUAUGCAUGAGGACAUCCAGAGUCACCCGAAACAGCAUAGGAAAAACAUUGUAUAAUGCACAUUAGGUCUCCUCUUAAGUAGGCGGGGGAGGAGCGAAGGUGGACUCCGAGACAACGCAGAGGGACAUCAGUGCUAGAACAAGGUAAUGCACUCGUACUAAUUAGCCCCCCUGUCAGAGGAUGUGGAGCGCUGAGGGAGAUCGACGAUGGGACUGGGUAAGUGUUCAAAUAUUUUUUUUUUUAUUCCUUUCCAUGCAGAAGAGGGGGCGGGGGGGUCGGCAAGUUUGAGAGGGCCAGAGGGAGUAAAUAGAAGAGGAGGGAGGGAAGGGGGUUAAAAAAAUUGUGGAUGGGCUAGGGAAGAGGGAGGGAUUUAAGAAGUGUAGUUGGGAAGGAGGAAUGGGAGAUGAGCUUCUCCUGUGCAGGAUCUUGCAGUUACAUCUGUUGGCAGCAUGCAGUGCGCACUGAAGACAUUGUUUUUAUGCACAGAAUUUACACUAGGCAGCCUGCCUAAGUCACGUGUGCUGGGGGUGCAACUUGCUCCCAACACACAAUUAAAAAUAUCUCUGGAUGUGCAGAGAACAAAAGCAGAAGUGGUCAUGGUGGCUUGGGUAGCCCUUUAUUGAAGCUGUUUUAAUGUGUAGAUACUGCUCAAUUUUCUGCGAUGUAGGCAUUGAAACCUUUUCGUUUUUGCUUAUGUAGCACUAGCUACACUUUCCUUGGCUUUUACUCAUGCAUCCAAUAUGACAAUAAUGGUUUCAUUUUCAAUGAAGUGGUCUGGGUGCCAGGGCCAGGUCCAGCUAGGGUAAACCCAUUUUUUUUUAUAAACAUAGCAGUUUCAGAGAAACUGCUAUGUUUAUGAAUGGGUUAAGCCUUCCCCCAAGAGGCGCUUGCGUGAUUCUCACUGUGAAAAUCACAGUGAGAGCACGCAAGCGUCCAUAGGAAAGCAUUGUAAAUGCUUUCCUAUGCGACUGGCUGAAUGCGCGCGCAGCUCUUGCCGCGCGUGCGCAUUCAGCCGACUCGGAGGAGGAGAGCUCCCCGCCCAGCGCUGGAAAAAGGUAAGCUUUUCCCCUUUCCAGAGCUGGGCGGGAGGGGGACCCUGAGGGUGGGGGCAACCUCAGGGCCCUAUAGUGCCAGGAAAACGAGUAUGUUUUCCUGGCACUAUAGUGGUCCUUUAACUCCUGACUUGGAAAAUAAUUGACCCGUGAGACUGCAGGGGCAUUAUCUAUGCACCCAAACUGCUUCACUAAGUUAAAUAUUUUCCAAUGUCUAUAGUAUCCCUUUAAACCUUGCAUCUCUCUUUCAAGGGACUAUAUAGGGAGACUGUGAUUACGGUUGCAGAAACAAAGCGAAUUGGCAGAGAAUUGAGCUUAAGUUGUUUUGCAUUGAAUCAGCAUCUCCAUGUUUAGCGUUGUGACGCUGACUGUCACUAGAGGUGUCCUUAGGCAGUAUUGUAAAAUGCCUACAGGGACAGACUAUACACACUAGAACAACUAUAUUAUGCUGUAGUUGUUCUGGUGACUAUAGCGUCCCUGUAAGGAUGUAGUUUGGGAUACUUUGCAUACUUAAAAUAUUGCACAAAUAUAUAUUUUUUAAAGGAACACUAAAGGGUCAGGAACACAAACCUGUAUUCCUGACCCUAUAGUGUUUAACCCACCAUUUAGCCCCCUCUCCCCUAUAAAAGUUUAAAACUCACCUUAUUUCCAGUGCAGCCCGGGUCUGCCGUGCUGCCUCCGCCUCCUUUGUGACAUCAUCAAAAAUGUCUGAUUUUUAGCCAAUCCAAUCCUUUCCCAUAGGGAAACGAUUGGAUUGGCUAAAAUCAGCACGGGGGCUGGACCAAAUGCCAUUUUGUCCAAUCAGGACCUCCUCAUAGAGAUGCAUUGAAUCAAUGCAUCUCUACAAGGAAAAUUCAGCGUCUCCAUGCAGAGCGUGGGGACGCUGAAUGUCAGGGCCAGUGGCCAUUUAAGGAGUGUGGCCACUUGGACGUGUCCCUAGAGGCAAUGUAAACACUGCAUUUUCUCUGAAAAGGCAGUGUUUGCAUGAAAAAAGCUUGAAGGGAACUAUUAUACACCCCAGAACAACUACAUUAAGCUGUAGUUGUUCUGGUGACUAGUGUCCCUUUAACUAGUACAAAGAUGCUGAAUAAAGCUAAGCACAAAAUAAUUUACCAUCUUUGUGUAUUGUUUCAGGAUCUCUUUACUAUAUUACAUUAUGUUAGCCAAAGUUUCAUUGGCACAUCUGAUCAAUAAGUGACAUUUCUGAAAUCUGGAAUUAAAUGUGUUUGUAUAAUUGUGACUGAGUGGGCUUGUUUUGCAACCACAUAUGUAGUGUGGGUUUAGAGAAUAUAAAUCCAUGUUUUACUGUUAAUUUAAACUCGCUUGAGCCUAUUGUACCAGAGUUGUUCUUUCUUAUGCAGAAUUCUAAAAAAAAAAUUCUCAUAAAUCAUUAUUAUUACAUGUGUGUGUAUUUUUACUGCAUUAUCAACUACAGCGUGCGGUGCUCUUUAAACAUGGUAACUGUUGUACAUACUACAUUCUCUCAUCACCUGUCACUUUAUAUUUGGUAGCAGGGCAGGAGUUGAUGACAUGUAAAUCUGUAUUUUAUUAAUGUUAAGGAGUGCAAAGGCAUGAUAAGUAAUAUUCAAAGCACUCCUUAUUUGUAGAUGAACCAUUUUUAAAGUGACUCUCCUUCAAUUUGCACUCCAAAUAAGCUUGGCCAUUUUAAAUUAUCAUUUCAAAUUUUAGUUUAAAUAUUGUUAAGCACUUGCUUGCCAAAAGUUUAAGUAUAAUAUAUUACAUAUAGUGUUUUACAAAUGAAUACUUUAUUGCAAAGAGGGCUUAUAAGGGCAAUUUGCAUAGCAAAUAUUAUGCCCCAAGUUUUGUGAGCUUAAAGGUGGGAGAUUUGUUGUGCGAACAAGCCAGGUUAUUAACCCCUUAACGCCGUUACGGCGUUCUAUGCCGUCGCGCAUUAAAUGGGCUUUAAAGCCGUUGCGGCCCCAGAAGGUGAGAUUUACUCACCUCCGCCGCGAUCCUCUUCGGGAGGACUGUUGACAGCCCAGGCAGCCCUCUCCUGGCAAAUGAGGUCCCCUGGGGCCAUGUGAUCGCUCUCCAAGUGCGAUCACAUGGCUCCCUACAGCUGGCUGUGGAUCUGCCAGCAGGGGGACUUUUUGAGCUCUCAGACAGUCCCCCUGCUGGUGGGAGGAAUAAUAAAAAUAAUAUUAGACAAGUUUAAAAUAAAAUAAAUGUAACCUAACCUAACGCUACUCUGAUCUGUGCGUCAGAUGUGAAGUCUGUUUGAGCUCUGGAGUUGCUGAAGAUGCUGAAGUAGAGGGUAUGUGCCACUUCGCUCAUAGAAACCUUUCAUAAAAUAGGAUUAAAAUAAGAUACUCCUCGCCCAUAAGACACUUCAGCAAGCCAAAGUACUUUAUGGAUGAGUAGUGGUCUUUUAAAAAUGUAAGUCAAUUUCAAAGUUGAUUGUUUUUUUAAAAACAAGAUGUUGCUUGGUUAUUUCACCCAUUCAGAAUACAUUUAAGACAGAAGGGAUGCUUUACUGAAACAGUUCAAUUUGCAGAGCAGGAGAUAAAAACUUCAAGUUAAUGUCCGAUUGGAAACUAAACUAUUUUUUUUUUCAUGCAGGCUGUGUUAGUUAUGGCCAGGGGAGGUGUGACUAGAGCUGCAUAAACUGAACACCUAAAUGACUGAUAAUUGAGCACUGAGGCUUCAGGCGCAUGAUCUAUACACUAAAACUGCUUCAUUAAAGGGACUCUAUAUAGUCAUCAGAACAACUACAGCUUAUUGCAUUUGUUCUGAUGAGUAAUCAUUGCCUUCAGGCUUUUUGCUGCAAACACUAUCUUUUCAGAGAAAAUGCAGUGUUUACAUUGCAGCCUAGUGAUAACUCCACUGGUCUCUACUUAUAAUGGCUGCUAGAGGUGCUUCCUUGGGCAGUGCUGCAGAGUAAGCAGCACUGCCAUUCAGUGUCUCCACCCUCUGCAUGCAGACAGUUUCCUCAUUUAUUCAAUUCAUCUCAAUGAAGAGAUGCUGAUUGGCAGAGGCUGUGUUUGACUUGUGUUGGCUAUGCCCCUGAUCUGUCUCAUUGACAGUCUCAGCCAAUCCUAUAGGUAAUCACUGUGAUUGGCUAAAACCACCACAUCUGAUGUCAGCAGGCAGCGUCAGUUCACAGACGAACAGGGGCAGAGCCAGGAGCUGCAGACUUGAAUAAAAGUACGAUUUUACUAUAUUUACGGAGACAAGAGGAGAUUACACUAUAGGGUCAGGAUUACAUGUUUGUGUUCAUGGCUCCUUCGUGCUCCUUUAAGCUAAAGGUUUUUUGAUGUCUAUAGUAUCCCUUUAAGUAAUUUAUCUCCUUUGAAUUUAUACUGUUAGUGUUGACAGAAAAUGGCAAUAAUGUUGCAUCCAGUGUUCUGUCUAACAGUGCUGGCCCAGUUACACUCUUUCGAAAUACACCAAACCUUGGAGCGCUAGUUAUAGGUUUUAUUGUUCUGCUUUGGGUGGAUGAUGCGUAAUUUCUGCAUUAUCCGUGCAGUUUGAGUGGCUUGAGUUUGACUGCCAGGUAUUUCAAAGCGUAUGUCAUACUAAUAGAGCACUGUGUGAGCUGUAGUGAUUAUGAUGUAUAGAGUUUAUCUAAUCCAUUAUGACAGUUUACUUCUCUAUAGAUUUAUAUAGUGCAUAGGCAUAGAUUCAAUUUAUAAAAGCGCACAUUAAACAAUUAUAGUUGUUUGAAUGUCUUUUGCUGGUUUUCUCAAGGAUUUGAGUCACCUGUACUGCUAUCUACUUGUUGACGGUCUCACAAUCAUUCCUAUUUUUAAGUUAAUAAGUUGAUUUUUCUCUUUGAUGUAAAUGGACUUGCAGUCCAUUUUUAAAAAAUAAUACCGAAUAGUGCACGUAAUCAUGGUUGCUUUAAACUAAUCAAGCCAAUUUAAAUCAUGAAUUUGAAAUGUAAAGACUCAUUGUUGCUGGUUGUAAUCUUAUAAAGGACCACUAUGGGAUCAGGAACACAAAAAUGUAUUCCUGACCCUAUAGUGUUAAAACCGCCAUCUAGCCCCCCCGGUCCUCCCUUGCCACCCUACAUGUAGUAAACGUUUACUUGUAUUCAAGUCUGCAGCUGCCCCUGACCUGCCUGCUUACAGCUGACCUAAUCAGAAGUGAUUCUGUGAGGCAAUCACAAUGCUUUCCCAUAGGAUUUGCUGAGACUCUCAAGGAGGCAGAUUAGGGGCAGAGCCAGCACAAGUCAAGCACAGCCUUGGCCGAUCAGCAUCUCUUCAUAGAGAUGAACUGAAUCAAUGCAUCUCUAUGAGGAAAGUUCAGUGUCUGCAUGCAAAGGGUGGAGACACUGAAUGGAAGCACUGCACACUAUGCAACACUGCCACAGGAAGCACUUCCAGUAUCCAUAUGAGUAAUGCCAAGUGGAUUUAUCCCUAGGCUGUAAUGUAAACACUGCUGUCUGAAAAGACUGUGUUUACUGGAAAAAAACUGGUGAAUGAUUCUACUCACCAGAACAAAUACAGUAAGCUGUAGUUGUUCUGGUGACUAUAUUGUCUCUUUAAAGGAAACCUGAGCCUCAGGUAUACAAACCUGUGUAAAAAUAGUGUUAAAAUCACUCCUGGGGUGCCCCCCUCCCAUGGGGCUGAAGGGGUUAAAACCCCUUCAGCCACUUACCUGAAUCCAGCACCGAUGUCCCUCGGCACUUGGUCAAGCUCUUCCCCUGCUAACAUGAGCCGACGGGGGAGACCUAAUAUGCAUGCGCGGAAAUGCCCGCGUGCGCAUUAGCCCUCCCCAUGGGAAAGCAUUAUUCAAUGCUUAACUAUGGGGAAAAACUGACACUGGACCUCCAGCGUCAGAUAACGGACCAAAAGUCUGUUUGGAUUCCGGAAGCCCUCUAGUGGCUGUCUGGUUGUUUUACAUUUCAGCACUAAGUGCAAAAGGGUCACAACACCUAGAAUUCUGCAAUUAGCUGAAGUGGUCUGGGUGCCUACAUUGUCUCUUUAAAGUUAUUGAUGAGCCUUUUAGCCUUUUAUGUGGAGCCUCGAUGAGCCUUUUAUGUGGAACAGUGUCGUAAGCAAUGUCUGCUGCAUCACCCUGAUCUAUUAUUUUCGUAAGACAAUCUUUUUAAAUCUUUUUUAAAUGUGGUAAUUGUAGUAUCUGCAAAGUAAUGGGUCCCCCAUAUGGGAAGAUUUCCAGCUUCCAGUCCUUUGUUACGAAGAAUAUUUUUUUAUAUAAAGGACUGUAUCACUUUCUAAACAAAUAAUGUAUUUAUUUAUUAAGCUGUUCCUGCGGAAUUCAGUAUGUAGGACAAACAAAAAGAAUGCUAAAAAUUAGACUUAAUGAACAUGUGCAUAAGAGGAAGUUUGAGAUACACUCUAUCUAAACACUAUUUGGACCACCAUGCAAGUAACCCAGGAUGUCUAAGUUACUGCGGAAUUGAAAGUGUUAAUAUUCCGUGGAGAGGGGGUGAAUUGGUGAAGAGGUUAACAUAUCAGGAAAUGUGGAUUUAUAAGUUGAAAACUUUAGCACCCUUUGGCUUGAAUGCUGACUUUGAGCUAUCUGGCAUUUUAUGAUUUUAAUUAGUGUCCUAUGAAUAUCUAUAGACUCGAUAUUAUAUGAACUAGGUUUUUUUAACUUGUAGUCCUUGAGAAAAGACUUUGGUGUUAAACUGUUAACGGUUACCUAAAAGUAAGCUGGUCCCAGGGAUUUCCUGGCACCAUAACAACUUCAUUCUGAUUAAGUUGUUCAGGUGCCCAGAGAGUUCCUUUUUAAUAUAUGCACAAUAUAUUGCUUUAACACCACUUAAGGACACAUGGUGGAAAUUUUCCUUCAUGAUUCCCUUUUAUCUCUGAAGCUGUGUCCUUAAAGGACCACUAUAGUGCCAGGAAAACAAACUCACAGUGAGAAGCACGGAAGCGCCUCUAGCGGUUGUCGGUGAGACAGCCACUAGUGGCUGGAUUAACCCUAAUGUAAGAAACUGCUAUGUUUACAGCUGCAGGGUCAACCCUAGAUGGACCUGGCACUCAGACCACUUCAUUGAGCUGAAGUGGUCUGGGUGCCUAUAGUGGUCCUUUAAGGGUGCUUUAAUGACUUGAAAACAUAUGGAACUCAAAAGGCAGGCUAGGGUUCUGACAUCAUAAACCCAAGACUUACGUAGUGAUUCUCUAAAAAACAUUCUAUAUUAUUGGUUACCUUACAGAGAAAAAAAUAUAUAAUUCAUUUUAUUCAGUAUAUGAUAAGAUUGAAAGCGCUGUUAAUUUAAUGUCAUUAGGACUCCAGUUAACUUAUGGUCUUUGAUGUGUGGAAUACUUUAAGUGUAUAAGUGUAUAAUGGAUUGAGCAUAGAUAAAAGCUUAAUGGAAGUAUGAGGAGAAACUAAUGCAUCAAGUAGGCAUAUCUAAACUGUUAUGCAUAAAGUCUGCCAUCUCUGGGUUUCAGGAUAGUAUUUGUCACAUGUUCAGUGGCAGUUGUUUGGUUACCUUCUUAUCUGGGAUCAACCAAUAAAAAAUUUUAAGAGCCGAUUGCCGAUAACUGACAAACACAAUUUCUACUUAAAUUCAUUAACUGAACAUGUUAACUGAUCCUGAAGAAAGUAGCGGCAGGGGAAUGAAAUGUCGAUAACCAUGGAAUUUUGAAUCAAAUAAAUAUUUUAACUGAAGACCGUGAAUGCAGCCCCAUCUUCAACAAAACCUGAAUUUUAUAUAUAGAUAUAUUUAUAUUAUUACAUUAGUUAAUAAAUAAUUUUAAAAAUAACUUUUACCUAUGGCCAGUGAUGGGGACAUUACACUCUGUGGUGUAGUGGCUUUGUGAAUGCUGCCAGGAGUUUGCACAUUGUAGUCAGCAGUUUCUGGCAGGUCCUCUCUGCAGCAACUAUUUGAUGGAUGUGGGCUUGCGAGAGUGCUUAUGGUGUCUCUGUAACUCCUAAUGAAAGAGAAUUGAGCAUUGAUACUUGUAGGGGCAUGAUAUAUACACCAAAACUGCUUCAUCAAGCUGAAGUUGGUUUGAUGACUAGAGUGUCCCUUUUAAGGUAGUGGUGUUUAAUGGAAAUCCAUGAAAAGAUCUAUCUAUAGAACUAUAAUGUAAUCUUUCAAACACAAGCAACAAUGACUUGAUGUAAUUUUAUUGCAUGUCAUUAUUUAUGUUCUACUUGGUUUUAUUCUUUUGAUGCGGUUUACCAUGCUCAUACCAUUGUAUGCUAAAUGCACCUUAAAAUGCAAUAGUAUUAUUUUUUUUUUCUAACAUUACUAAAAAUGAAUCUAUAAAGAAUUAAAAAAUAAAAUAAGGUUUUUGUAAAAACUAACAUGGUUAUUCACUAAAUUGAGAAUUGUCUUGAAUUUCACAUUGAAAAGCCAAAUUGCUGAACUGGCAAACUUAUUCAAAUCUGCUAAUGUGUCUAUUUUGGCCUUAAAUUUUACAUUCAGUUUGUAUUCCUGACAAUUCUCAUUUAGAAUUCCUGUAAAUGCUCUCUCUAGCAAAUAACCCUGCAUAAGUGGCAAAGGUUGUAUUUUUGUGUUGCUGUUUGUGCUCAAAGCAUGAAGCUAGUAAUUAAGUUUUAGGAGGAAAAAUGCUACUAAAUUUUCUUCUGUUACAUACACACAGUGUGCAAUUUGCAUGUCACAUUGCUGCAAAAGUUAUCAAGGUUUACAAGUUUAUAUAAAAAAAAAAAAAAUAAUUAAAAAAGUUAAGGCCACAAGAUGGUGCACUUCUUCCCUAUGAUAGAAACAAGAUGAAAUUAGACAUGCUUUCUUAAUUAUGAAAGUGAAAGUACACUGAACUAUUCCAAAUGUAAAUUAUGAAUAAAUCUAUGCUAAGGAAGUGAAUCCGCUAUAUAUUAUAUCAAUGCUUUUUUUUCUUAACUGGUUAUCAAAAUAUCUCAGGGAGAAAUAUCUUGAUUUCUGUGAUCUUUAUGAUAAUUUUGACUUACAAAUAGGGAGUUCAGCAUAUUUAAAAUGCAUUGUGCAGUUGAGUGACAUGGUGUACAUAACCUAGUAUUGACCUUCGGUUUGUGACUGCCUGCAUUAUGAUUAAAUGUGCACCUGUCUUUGCUGUCGGACUUGGAAUCACUUUCUAGGUAAAAACCUUUCAUCUGUACAUUUUGUUUACCAAAGUACUAGCUAAUACGUAGGUUAAAGGAACAGUUCAAGCACUAUAACCACUACAGCACUUUGUGUGUUUUAAAAAUUCAAAUUGUCAAUCUUCUCUUUCUUGGCCGCUUACACUCUCCAUACACUAGAAAAGGAUUAGUAACUCAGUUGUUCUCGUUCUGUGAUCAGUGCAACGAUUAAGGAUUGUAUUUACAACUUAUGCUUUUGGAGCUCUCCAUCAUUUUUCAUAGGAACACUCCCAUAGUACUUACCGACAUUAUUGGUUUACUGAAGGACCAUAAACAGAAGAAAACUAUCGGUUUAAAGGACCACUAUAGUGCCAGGAAAACAAACUCUUUUUCCUGGCACUAUAGUAUUAAUAUGUCCCCCCCCCUCCCGCCGGGCUGAAGGAGGAGGAAGGGGUUAAAAUCUCCCUCGGCGCUGGGGACUCUCCUCUUCCUUCGGUCGUCAUCGGCUGAGCCACGCGCGCAUUCAGUCAGUCCAUAGGAAAGCAUUCUCAAUGCUUUCCUAUGGACGCUGGCGUCUUCUCACUGUGAAAAUAACAGUGAGAAGCGCGGAAGCGCCUCUAGCGGCUGUCAAUGAGACAGCCACUAGAGGCUGGAUUAACCCAUAUGUAAACAUAGCAGGCAGAGUUAAACCUAGAUGGACCUGGCCUAUAGUGGUCCUUUAAAGGACCAUUCUAGGCACCCAGACCACUUCAGCUUAAUGAAGUGGUCUGGGUGCCUGGUCCAGCUAGGGUUAACCCAUUUUUUUUAUAAACAUAGCAGUUUCAGAGAAACUGCUAUGUUUAUAAAUGGGUUAAUCCAGCCCUCAAAUCCUCUAGUGGCUGUCUCAUUGACAGCCGCUAGAGGCGCUUGCGUGAUUCUCACUGUGAAAAUCAGUGAGAACACGCAAGCGUCCAUAGGAAAGCAUUGUAAAUGCUUUCCUAUGACACCGGCUGAAUGCGCACGCAGCUCCUGCCGCGAGGGCGCAUUCAGCCGAAAGGGAGGAGAGGAGGAGGAUCGGAGGCGGAGGGCUCCCUGCCCGGUGCUGGAGAAAGGCAAAACACUGCGCCAAUAAGCAUCGCUGAACGGAGGAGCACUGUGCAGCACUGACCCAGGACCCUCUAGUGGCCGUUUGAUUGACUGUCACUAGAUGUGUUCCUAGGCAGCAGUGUAAACACUACCUUUUCUAAGAAAAGGCAGUGUUUACAUUGAAAAGCCUGUGGGGACAAGCGAUAGACACCAGAACUACAUUAAGCUAUAGUGGUCCUGACUGCAUUUAAGAAUUGCAUUUUUCUCGUUUAAAAUGAAACUUUGUUAGUUGAUUUAUUUAUUUAUUUUUAAACCUGGCUCCUAACGUUUUUAGUUGGCUCCUAUAGUCUAAAAAGUGUGUCAAGCCCUGGGUUCUGUGGCAUUUUUGUGUUACAAACUCCAGAUUGACAGAAGUAAAAGUAUGUAUAAUUAUUUCUAAACAACUAAAUGUACACGUGACUGUUUAACCUUCUUUGCCUGCUCAUUUUCAUUUGUAUUUUGGUUAAAGGAUCACUAUAGUGUCAGGAAAAGCAGUGUUCCUGACACUAUAGUGCUCUGAGGGUGCCCCCACCCUCAGGGUCCCCCUCCCGUGGAGCUUACCUUAAUCUAGCGCAGGGCUACCUUGGCGCUGAUGACCUCUCUUCCCCGUCCGACGUCAAUGGAGCCGAAUGCGCAUGCGCGACAAGUGCCGCGCGCGCAUUCAAAGUGUCCAUAGGAAAGCAUUUCUCAAUGCUUUCCUAUGGACGCUUUGCGCGAUGGAGGCGAAAUUUGCCUCCAGCAUCGCAGAUGCGCCUCUAGUGGCUGUCCAGAAGACAGCCACUAGAGGCUGGAUUAACCCCAAAUGUAAACAUAGCAUUUUAUCUGAAACUGUUAUGUUUACAUGCGAAGGGUUAAAACCUGAGUGACCUGGCUGAAGGGACAUUUAGCUGAAGUGGUCUGGGUGACUAUAGUGUCCCUUUAAUAUAACUGUUUAAGAGGCUUGCAGGUCUUUACGUGAGACUUAAAAAUGUGGGUUGGGGCAAAUGAAAUGCUAGUUGUGUAUUCACUUGAGCAAUUCAAUGAAAAAUGUCUGAAGUAUUAAAAUGGUGAAACAACUGAAAUAACCUUGACAAUUAUAUCUUACAGGUCACCAGGAGAUACUCAUUCAGAUAACCUAGAAAAUAGCCGGAUGUAAGUAAAACUCUUUCGAAAAUGUUUCACUUUACGUAAACCAGCUUGAAAGCAGUUUCCCCCUCCCCCCCCCUCUCUCUCUCCAUAAUGUUUACCAGGUUUCUGACUACUUUUCAUCAAGAUUGCAAUGAUCAUUGAUUAAAUAUUCUUAUUUUUGUAGCAUUGAACAGUAUGCCAUUAGAUAGCUUUGUUCAAUUGAAAUUUAGUAUAGUAAGUGAACAGUACAAUAAAAAUAUGCAUUAUAGAUUCCUAUAGCAGUGAUCGUUACCCACAAACAAUGCAAUGCAAGUCCUACGAGAAUCUCAAGCUGCUUUUAAUAAAGAAUGUGCAUAAGAAUUUCUAGCUCCAUUGCAUCCUUAUUCCAAUUAAAUUUGCAUAAGAAAGAUAUUUAAUCCUUUAUCUGUGUGCUGCACACACUAGUUUAUAGACGUUCCCUCCAUUUAAAACGAGAUAUCCACCAUGUGGAACAUCUUGAGUAACUAAGUAUUGCCUCUAGUACUGACCCAUUAGAAUCUAAAGCUGACCUAUUAUUGAGUAUUAUUUACAUUUAAUCAAAAUUAAAUUUGCUCCUGGAAGUCUAUCCAGCUUGGGGCGGGGGAAGGGGUUCCUGAACCACUUUAUGCAAAUUAAUCCAAGGUACAAAUUACAUCUGUCUAUCCAUUGAUUUUUAUUUUGUAAUUAUGUAUAUUUAGUUUAGCAACUUCUGAGUGCUUUGUUUGUUGUUUUUUUUUUUUUUUUUUUCUUUAACCAUCCAUUCUUAAUUUUUUAAUGUCUUUUCUUCUAUUAUUAAUCAUUUUAGACAACUUUUUAAUGUUUGGUUUAAGUGUGGUAUAAUAUAAAACUAUAUGCUUUUCUGCAUGGGGAACUUGACACAUACAUGAUCUUGAGCUGAAACCUCAUGCAUGCUUUUUGUUUUGCAAAAGUUGGAAAUGAGGAUGUUCCUGGACUGGAUAUUGCAGUGGUGUGGAUGAGGCAUUUUAAAAAGGCACAAAUCAUAGGGAACAAGCAUGUGCUCCUCGAAUGGGUGUAUUUAUAGAACCAUUUGCUGGAUAGUUGCCAUGUUUUGCAUGUCUGGAGACAUUACAAAGUGCCUUUAGAGAGUAGGUUUGCAAUGUGUCUUUAGUGGCUGUUCAUGGUUUUGCUGAGAGCAGUGUAGCAAUCUCUCAACACUAAGAAAAUAAAAUCCUGAUGUAGAGCAGAAUAAUCAUUUUUGGUGUAUAUGGUAUGCAUUUUUAAUGUAUUUGUCAGGUAAACGUCAAUGAAUGACAUAUGCUAGUCGUAGUUUUGCUUCAAUGCUUCCUUUAACUACAUGCAUACUUAGAAAGACAGCGAAAUAUUUUUUUUAUAUAUAUGAAUAUGGGACUGGCUGAAUAUACCGGGUUUGCCACACAAUCCUUGAAUAAUUUAUUAGAAAAUCGGUUUAAAUUAUGUAUUUUAUGUACUAUAUUUGGUUUAUUGCCCGCUGACAUUCUAUGUACAAAACGUUGAUUUAUAAUAAGGCAGUGUUUAAAAAAAAAAAAAAUACAUAUAUAUAUAUAUAUAUAUAUAUAUAUAUAUAUAAAAUAAAAAAGAAGUGCUCAGAAUAUGCAACUCUGUAAAAUUCCAAGUCAGUGUGAAAACAAAUCAAUGAAAGCCAAUUUCCUGAGCAGUGUUUAAACACUGGGAAAUGCGAGGAUGGAAUAAGAAGUAACAUACUUUGUGCACCUGACAAGCAGUACCUACAUAUUAUCAUAGACUGAAAGUGCUUGAUUUAACCCCUUAAGGACACAUCAUGGACAUUUUCCAUCAUAUUGGCCUUUUACUUCUGAAGCUGUGGCCGGAAGGGGGUUAAUAUGAGGUAAUUGUGACUACAAAAUGAUUCAAAGACAAGAAAGAGAUGGGUGUUUUUAAAGUUACACUGCAGCGCUCUGUAGUGAUUAUAGUUCCAGGUGUUCCCUGGCACAGACCCUCCACUUUGUACGUAGUCAAACUGUUUAGAACAGUUUGAUUUCUCACCUGGUGUACACUGGGCUUUGCUCCCUGCCUCGACUACAUCAGACAGAGAGCCAGAAGCUCCCUCUUUGAGCUAAGCCCUGCAGUUCAGGACUUACCUCAUUGCCCGAGAGCAAUCAGCCAGCCCUCUUAAUGAAGUAGCCCUGCACUGCAAGGCUUGGCUCACGAGUAUUAACUAACUGAAGCUCCUACUUACGUGCUUCUUCUCUGCCUUAAGUUGUGGAGGGUGGGUAGUGGCACCCAGUGGAUCCCAGGUAAGAAGUCAAAAACGGUUUACCUACAAACAAGUGGGUGCUAGAACAUUACAUUACAGCAGACUACAGUUGUUAUGGUGCGUGAACUAUUCCUUUAAUGCAACUGCAGUUAAACUGUUACUCUAUUAUUUAGGCUUAAAAACCAGAAAACAGCCAUCUAUUGCUUUCCUUGGGUUCCAUGCCUUAACCAAUAAAAUAAGUUUUUCUUGCACAAAUACAACAUGCAGAAGUGAUUGCACUAAAAUGACCAUUAAAGGAGCAAUAUAGGGUCAUGAACACAAACAUGUAUUCCUGACCCUAUAGUGUUAAACCCUCAAUUUAGAUGGCUUGUUCCCCCUCAGCCCCUUUAAAAGGGAUUAAAACACACCUUGUUUUCAGCGCCGAGCAGGUCCACCAGCGCUGGUCCCACCCUGAUCCGCCUCUUUGAUGACAUCAUCAGAAUUGCAGAUUUUUAAUUUUUUUGGGCCAAUACAAGGCUUUCCCAUAUGGAAAGCAUUGGAUUGGCUAAAAUCACCACGUAGGUGGGAUGGGGGCAUGGCCAAACAGCGUUUUGGCCAAUCAGCACUUCCUCAUAGAGAUGCAUCUCUAUGAGGGAAAUUCAGCGUCCCCAUGCAGAGCGUGGAGACACUGAACGGCAGUGGUGCCUACUGUGCAGCACUGCCCCAGGAAGCAUCUCCAGUGGCCAUGUGAAGAGUGGCCAUUUGGAGGUGUCCCUAGUGGCAAUGUAAACACUUUUCUUUGAAAAGGCAGUGUUUACAUUGCCCCUAGGGACUAGUGAUGUCCCGAACGGUUCGCCGCAGACUCUUCAUUGAGUAAACUUUGACCCCGUACCUCACAGUAAGCAGACACAUUCCAGCCAAUCAGCAGCAGACCCUCCCUCCCAGACCUUCCCACCUCCUGGACAGCUCACUAAGAAUGCAGCUUCACAAUGAAUGUAAAAUGGAUGCUGUCCAGGAGGUGGGAGGGUCUGGGAGGGAGGGUCUUCUGCUGAUUGGCUGGAAUGUGUCUGCUGACUGUGAGGUACAGGGUUAAAGUUUACUCAAUGAUGAAUCCGCGGCGAACCGUUCGGGACAUCACUACUAGGGACACCUCCAAAUGGCCUUUGAAAGGGCAGUGUUUGCAUGAAAAUGUCUGAAGGCAAUGAUUAUACUCACCAGAAUAACUACAUUAAGCUGUAGUUGUUGUGGUGACUAUAGUCUCCCUUUAAGGCCAAAAGAGCAUUGAAUGUUUGAAUGUUCAGAGUAUUGAAUGUUCCACAAGGAACUGUUAAAGGACCACUCCGGGCACCACAACAACUUAAUUAGAAUAAAAUUUAUGCUGCAACGAGAUCCCAGCACAAACUUACCUUUGUGGUUAAAUCUUAAAUGAGCAGCUCUGACCCUCACUUCACCAGGUGCUGCUGGUGAAAAGUUCUGUAUCUUUUUUACUCUAUUUUUGUGAAUAGGGAGUUACUGAUGGGCUGAAAGCGUCAACUGAUCUCAGCCUAUCAGCACUAUCCUGUAUGAGGCUUCCUGAUUGAAACCUUGCACUGAAAUGGAAGUAAAGGGGCCGAGCAGACGGCAGCUGAUUCAAGAUUUUGUGGUGUAACUAUUUAACUGAAAUAAAUCCGGAAAAUAUGUUCCCAAUUUUUUUUUAUUGUAAAUUUGAAUAAUUUAAUACAUAAUUCAAUUUGUUUACAAAUAUUCACCUAGAACCACUCACUAGAAACCCUAUUAUUUGUACCCACUAAAUGUAAAACAUGUAGUAAUACACAGAUUAAAAUCUUAAAGCAAUGUACUGGUGACUCCUCUCUAUCAUGAGCCGUUUCAACAUUUCCAUGUCUUCAUCAAAAUGUCAUUCUGUCAUAAUACGCACUUGGAGAUUUUAUGGUGACAGUCACUUUAAAUUUACCACUGCAUCUGGAUAAUCCAGUAUAUGAAUAUACUGCACAAACAAUGGCAACAUGAUACAUGAAAUUACUUUCAAAUUGGAUUUGUGUCUAAAAUGAAACUAAAAAGUAAAACAAAAUAUUUAGCUUGUGCAGCACUGAAGUUCAGUGUCUCCACAUCCUCCAUGCAGUUGCUAAAUGUUCCUCAUAGAGAAGAAUUGAUUUACUGCAUCUCUAUGGUGCAGCAUUUUGCUGCCCAUGCGCAGUAGCCUCCUAAUGUUUUCUUCUGCGAAAGCUUUGGAUUUACUGAGAUCAUCAAGUUUGCUGCCACCAGGCUAAUGAGAAAUCUAUUAUUUAAUGGCCCCGUAUCAUUUAAUUACACAGGCCUAUUGUGCAUUUUUGCAGUUCCUUAUCACCUGGAGAAAAUGGAAACCAAAUUAUGGUAGGGGCACGCUAAACACCCAAAUUGCAGUGGUUUUAGUCUGUGCUUGCCAUCCCUGGUUAUUGUUCAAACAAUACUUAAGUUCUUUGACAUAAAUGAUGGCUCUCUUCAGCUCACAUAACCUAUCCCUCUGAGGCUGCUCUGGUAAACUCCUACUCUUUUAGGCUAUUGUUACUGCCCAAGAUUAGACCCUUACGUACAAAUGUUGCUUAAAUAGUAUUAGUGUAGCCCUGGUUUGUGCUAUUCCACUCAAAAUGGUGUCAUACAGUGAGCUGAAUUGGUUAUGGUGCUUAGAGUGCCACUUUAAUACCAAUGUUUCAAACUUUCAUUAAACCAUUGCCAGAGAUGAUUUUCGAGAGUACCUUAUGCAUGCACAGCUGACGUUCAUACAAUAUUUCUGCAUGCAAUUUUAUAUUUCCAUGGCAGUUUAAUCCUUUAUUUUACCUUGAUAAUUCAAAAUUCAUCUGCUCUCUAGGGAUGGAUUUCCAUAACAGUUGUGGAAGUUUAGUCAUUAAAUGUUCCAACAACUGUUUUUUGUUCUUUUGUAUGACUUAAAUCAGUAGAAAGUAGUCUGUAGGUAUUGUGUGCGUUUCUAACAAUGUUUAACAAUUUUGAUUAUUGUUUUAUGUAUAUUUUAAUUACACUUGGCAGGUUUCCAAUUGUUUUCUCUUCAUUGGUUUUUGUGGGGAUUGAUUAUUAUGUUGUGAAUUAACAAACACUGAACAAUGGCUUCAAUGAAAUAGGCAAAUGUAUUAGUUUAGCUUUAAGCAUUAAUAUUCUAUUGCUUUGCAUUUAAAGUGUCUGUCACACACACUCACUCCAGCAUGUCAGCUUGCUGAAGUGUUUUGUGUGUCUGGAGUCUGCUAUUUUUAACCGUUUAUAAAAUGCCAAUUUCAGCAAAAAUGUACACUUUUUUUUUUAAUUGGGGGACAGAAAACCCCUCCUUGGCUGUCAAUCAGACUGCCGGGAAAGUUUUCUUCUUCUUCAUCUGUUGGUUCGACUGAGCGAAUGGAAGUAGCAGACACGGCUGGAUUCCCCUCGUCUCAAUAAGCUGUACUAUGUUUCAUUAAGAAGCAUUGAGAAACCUCUCAUUGGUCAAUUACCAACACAGGCUGCAAUUCUGUGCCUGGCAAAGAUGAGAGGGCUUGCAAAAGGCUUCAGAUAUCGCCAAAGAAAACGUGCAUGGAUAAAAUACAUGUAUGUUUUCUUUGGCCGUACAUUUACUACAUUGAAAAAAAUAUCAGUUAAAGGACCACUAUAGUGCCAGGAAAACAUACUCGUUUUCCUGGCACUAUAGUGUUAGGGUGCCCCCACCCUCAGGGUCCCCCUCCCGCCCGGCUCUGGAAGGGGGAAAGGGGUUUAAACUUACCUUUUUCCAGCGCUGGGUGGAGAGCUCUCCUCCUCCUCUCCGCCUCCGUUACGACCCGCCGGCUGAAUGCGCACGCGCGGCAAGAGCUGCGCGCGCUUUCAGCCGGUCUCAUAGGAAAGCAUUUACAAUGCUUUCCUAUGGACGCUGGCGUGCUCUCACUGUGAUUUUCACAGUGAGAAGCACGCAAGCGCCUCUAGUGGCUGUCAAUGAGACAGCCACUAGAGGCUUUGGGGGAAGGCUUAACCCAUUCAUAAUUUAUAGCAGUUUCUCUGAAACUGCUAUAAUUAUGAAAAAAUGAGUUAACCCUAGAAGGACCUGGCACCCAGACCACUUCAUUAAGCUGAAGUGGUCUGGGUGCCUAGAGUGGUCCUUUAAGUGAUCCUUUAAUAUGCAUUCGCUGAUUGCUGUAAUAUCGAUUGCCGUUAUUGAUAAAGUGGAUUUAGAAGCUUGUACACUAAUGCAGUGGCCAUUAUAGCGAGAAUUGUCACUCUAGCUGUAUCAUAUUGACUUUAUUAUCUGGCUCACUGAAACUUUCCAUUAUCUGAAACUGUUCGUGCAUUUACUAUAUAUUUUAAAUAAUUUCAUCAUGUGUUACUGUUUAAAUGCCAAACUAACACUGCUUCACUAACAAUGUGAAUGAGCUUGGUAUAUGAAAGCUGUACUAAUCCACAUGCCUGUUUGAAUGUUUGGUACAGGAAGCGAGCAGCUGCCAAGCAUCUAAUAGAACGCUACUACCACCAGUUAACUGAGGGUUGUGGAAAUGAUACCUGCACGAAUGAGUUUUGUGCUUCCUGUCCUACUUUUCUUCGUAUGGAUAACAAUGCAGCAGCCAUUAAGGCCCUCGAGUUAUAUAAGGUUAACGCAAAACUCUGUGAUCCUCAUCCCUCCAAGAAAGGAACCACCUCAUCCUAUCUAGAAAACAACUCGAAAAGUGCCCAUAACAACUCGUGCACAGAAAGAAAGAUGAACAGGAAAGAAGUACACGGACCGCGUGAUGACUUUAAAGGUAAUACCUACAGAAUGUUUAAAUGCAGCAAUGGACUCCUAGUGUGCUAGGACUCUGGGGGGUAAAACAAAAUUUACAACAAAAAUAAAUUGAAUAUUCUGUCUACAAUAACUGUAUUGGUCAGGUUUCUUUUAUCUUCUCUAUUGAUCUGGGGUGAUUAAAUUUUUAAAUCAGACAAUAUGUAUGUAUGUAUGUGCAUUAUAGAAUGUGCAAUUGUGUCUAUAUCUAGAUAUAGACAGAUUUCUGAUCAGCCUUAAAAUUUCAAAUUCUUUACUUAUUCAAAACCCAUUUACUUGUCACUGCGAAGUUAUCUCUGGAAAUGGACAGGGAUGUAGAACGUGCAGAUAUCAACCCCAUAUAACGUGAAUAUCAUUUUACAAAUCCUUGGAGUUGCAGGAAUGCUGUGCAGUUGGACGUGCACUAUAUAUAUGUAUUUAUAUCUAUGUUGCAGCAAAUGGUAACAAAAACCCAGCAGCUUCUGAUGCUGUUCCUACUUUAAGUGUUUACCAUUUUGAACAGUUUACCACUGUGGCAACACAUAGCCCAUGCACCGGUGGAGGUAUGGCUAAAGCAAAGAUUACACACUUCCUUCUAGACUGAUAUCAGCGAUAAGUGAUGUUGACACUCUCAGCCUACCACAGCCACUCACUACUGCUCAGGCUGUUUCCUCAUUAGCCCAAGUACCAGAGAGGGGUUAGGCUGCUGCUCUGCCUCUAGCUUUAAAAACUUUUAACUUUUACCUCUGAAUAAAAAGGAGCACUGCAGGAAACUCUAGACACUGUAACCUCUUCAAAGAGAUGAAACAUUUUCAGUGUCCUUUUAAAUAAGCAAUAUGAAGGGUAGACAUUGCAAGAGCGUAAGGGAUGAAGAUUUUGUAGUAGGGGAUUUAUGCGUGAAGUAGGGUCAAGUCAAGAGACAUUGAUUCCAUAUCUGAUUGUGUUACUCCCCUGCCACUCAGAGUUGUGACUCUGGGUUGCUUGUCUUUUAUUUCUGCCCAGCUGUAUGUGUAUAGAAAUAGGAGAGAAGAAACAUAUUUGCAGGUCUCUCCCAUAAAGCCAUCGUAUCUUGUCAGAAGGCUGGUUGUUCUCCCUUCACCAUUCUUCAUUUACCAUGUGUAGAGUGAGUCACCACUCAGAGGCAGGCUUGGCCAUAGUGGUGAAAGGGAGUAUAUAUGAAGGAGGGGGGCUUAAAUGGUUACUCCAAUCACCAUGAUCACUUCAGUGUUUUGAAGUGGUUAUGAUUGUAGAAGUCAUUCUGCUUGAAGCACUGACAAUAAAGUUAUUUCCACUUGUGUGCUGGGGCUAGUUACACCCCCAUCCCCAACACUCGUGAUUUUGCUCCGGGCUGUCAGAAGGCGUUUCUGUGCAUUAAAUACAUCCGUUGUCUGACAGCACACUUACAGUGAAUGUAUUGAGCUUCCUGCAAGGGAAACAGUUUUUCUCCCCUCCCUCCUAGAGUUGAGCCUCCGCCGCUUCCCUAUAAAAUCGAUACUGCUAUUUUUUUAUUUUUUUUAAAUUAAAUAAAUUCCCCACUCCCUCUCACCUCAGUGGCACAUAUUGCUGGUGAAAUAGUCCAAUCACAGCCUUCUUUAUGAAAAGCUUGUGAUUGCACUGUGUGAAACCCUAACUGAUGUCAGGAAGGAACGUAGAUUCCUGGCUAGUAAAUUAUUAUUAAUAAUUUAUUUAUUUUUUUACCGGUUCAUAGCAUAGUGGUUGGGUCUACUUAACCCCUUAAGGACGGCGGGCGUUCUAUGCCGUCCUUAAGGAACCGUCUCUAAACGCCGGAGGGCGGCAUAGAACGCCCAAACCGUCCUUUGUACUUACCCGGUGGCCGGCGAUGGCGAUAUGGGGACUUACCUGGGAGUCCCAAUCCAUCCUCUUCGCCCGCUGAAUACAAAUAUUAGUGUUUCAAAACAGUAACAUGUGUUACGACGAUAUUGUCAGUGAAAGUGACAUUUUUUGCAUUUUUCACACCCAAAUGGCACUUACACGGACAAUAUAAUUGUUGUGAUACGUUUUACGGUUUUGAAACACUAAUAUUUGUGUUCAGCGAAGUCUCCUGAGUAUAACAGUACCCCUCAUGUACAUGUUUUAUGGUGUUUUCAAAAGGUAGAGAGUAAAAUAUAAGGCUUGCAUUUCAGUUUUUUCACAUUGAACUUCGCCAGAUUGGUUACGUUGCCUUUGAGACUGUACGGUAGCCCAGGAAUUAGAAUUACCCAAAAGUAGACAACCCAAGGUAUUGCAAAUGGGGUAUGUCCAGUCUUUUUUUAGUAGCCACUUAGUCACAAACACUAGCCAAAAUUGACUUUCAAAUCAGUUUUUUGCAUUUUCAAAUAUUAACACUAACUUUCUAUAUAAAAUGUAACAUGCUAUAUUUGACCCUGUAACUUUCCAAAACACCAUAAAACCUGUACUUAGGGGGUACUGUUUUACACGUGAGACAUCCCUGAAUACAAAUAUGUGUAUUUUAUUGCAGUAAAAUCAAACAGUAUUAUGACAUUCACAGUUAGAAUGUCACGUAGAACUAAACAUUUUUAAAAAUUCUUAUUUUCUCCCAUUUUUUAAAUAUUUUAUUCAUAUUAAAUUAUGUUUUAUACCUAAAUAUUUGAUGUUAAAUGAAAGCCCUGUUUCCCCUGAAUAAAAUAAUAUAUAAUGAGUGUGGGUGCAUAUAAUAUGAAAGAGGCGAAUAACGCCUGAACAGACAUAUAGCGCAAAUUCAAGUUUUUGUUUACAUUUUGUUUUGAUCACAACAUGUACAUUUGGCUCAGUCCUUAAGGGGUUAAUAGUGCCCAAUAGCACAUUUUAUAUAGAAAAAGGUCCACCCCCUUCCAAAAAAUAAAAUAAAGGGGGGUUGGAGUAACACUUUAAGAGGGCAGUGUUGAAAACCAAUCAUCUUCAUCUGUUAUUUUUUCUGCUGCUUACGAAUAACUAAUAAUAACGAAUAAUACUUACUUUCAUCUUUCUCAGAACAUCAUUUCACUUAUAUUUUUGUUUCUUGUAACUUAUGAAUUGUCCAGUGAUUCAUGUGCUUUUUUGGGUGUGUCUAAGUUUGUUGUGUUUUAGAAUUUAAAGAAACACUAUAAGCAUCAUAACUAAUUUAGCUGCAUAGAGUGGUUUUGGUGUAUAGAUCAUGCCCUGCAGUCUAACUGCUCAAUUCUCUGCCAUUUCAGAUCUAAAUCACUUUGUUUAUGGAGCCCUAGUCACGACUUCCCUGCUUGUGACCUACACAGUCUCCCUACACAUUUACUGUGAAGAUAGAUCUAAUGUUUAAUUGUCCUUUAUUGCACAGUGUGUUUAAUUUAGAAUUUCUUAUAUCCUGCUUUGUUAAUAGCCUGCUAUAGUCUGCAGGAUUCUCCUGUGCGUUUGAUUAAUGUUCAAUUAACAUAGCAAGAGUUACAAAUUUCUAAAGUAAAUACACUGCACUGACUGAAUAUUAAAACUUUUUUGUUGUGUGUGAUGUUUGAGUGUGUGGCUAAGACGGCAUAAACAGAAAAAAACAUGAUAUAACUCCUAAAUGUCAGAGAAUUGAGCAAUUGAUAUAAUCUAAAAACAAGGUGGAUUGAUUUGUUUGUUGUUUUUUUUUUUACAGUGUACAAAAAAUGUUUGUUUAAUGUAUGUAUGCUAGUAUUUUUCUUUUUCUGUGUUCCAGAUGUGGCUUUCUUAUCAGAAGAAAAGGUGUAUGAAAUCCUUGAAUUAUGUAGAGAAAAAGAGGACUACUCUCCUCUUAUUCGAGUAAUUGGUAGAGUUUUUUCCAGUGCCGAAGCCUUAGUUCAGAGCUUCCGAAAAGCUAAACAGCAUACAAAAGAAGAACUAAAAUCCUUGCAAGAAAAGGAUGAAGAUAAGGAUGAAGAUGAGAAAGAGAAAGCUGCCUCAUCUGCUGCUGCUAUGGAAGAAGAUUCUGCCGCAUCGUCCUCAAGGUUAAGUGACAAUGCACAAGGAGAUAACAACAUUCAUAAAUUAGGUCCAGAAGAAGUGUCACUAGAUAUUGAAGCAGUUAGACGGGUCUACCACAGGUUACUUUCUAAUGAGAAAAUAGAAUCUGCUUUUCUUAAUGCACUUGUGUACCUUUCUCCCAAUGUGGAAUGUGACUUAACUUAUCAUAACGUUUAUUCUCGAGAUCCCAACUAUCUCAAUUUAUUCAUAAUUGUGAUGGAGAAUGGUAAUCUCCAUAGCCCAGAAUACCUGGAAAUGGCUCUACCAUUGUUCUGCAAAGCAAUGAGUAAAUUGCCCCUGGCAGCACAGGCAAAGUUGAUCAGACUCUGGUCAAAGUACAGUGCUGAUCAGAUUCGACGAAUGAUGGAAACGUUUCAACAACUGAUCACAUACAAGGUUAUAAGUAAUGAGUUUAACAGUCGCAAUCUAGUUAAUGAUGAUGAUGCUAUUGUUGCCGCAUCAAAAUGCUUGAAAAUGGUUUACUAUGCAAACGUUGUGGGGGGAGAGAUUGAAACCGAUCACAAUGAAGAUGAAGACGAGGAGCCCAUCCCUGAAUCCAGUGAACUAACCCUUCAAGAACUUCUAGGGGAAGAACGAAGAAAUAAAAAAGGCCCUAGAGUAGACCCUAUUGAAACGGAGUUGGGUGUUAAAACUAUUGAUUGCAGAAAACCGCUCAUCCCUUUUGAGGAAUUUGUUAAUGAACCAUUAAAUGAUGUUCUUGAAAUGGACAAAGACUAUACGUUCUUUAAAGUGGAAACUGAAAAUAAAUUCUCCUUUAUGACCUGCCCUUUUAUCCUGAAUGCAGUAACAAAGAAUCUGGGUUUAUACUAUGAUAACCGAAUCCGCAUGUACAGUGAGCGUCGAAUCACUGUGCUCUACAGUCUAGUGCAAGGACAGCAACUUAAUCCUUACUUGAGGCUCAAAGUCCGGCGGGAUCACAUAAUUGAUGAUGCACUUGUUAGGGUAAGUUAAAAAAAAGUUUACUAUUUAUUUACCUCUAAUUCUUCCUAUUUACCAUUACACCUAAUUUCAUGUAAGAAUUAUUCCUGGAUAGCUCCAAUUCAAUGUGCAUUGUAUACUAAGAUAGGAUCCACACACUUUCAAUUGUUAAAGUUAACGCUACAAAAUGUAAAAAUAAUAAAUUAUUGAAUUGUUUGUGAAAGGCUUUUGUAUUUAAAGAAGAUUUAAACAUUGUAUGUCACUGACCCUAUAUUGAGAGACUUUAUUUUGUCAAUAACUAUCAAUAAUAGGCUAAUUCCUAGCAGGUAUAUAUCUCUUCACCACCAAAUAGCUGAAGCCAUGCUAGUGAUGUUUUAGGCAGAUGGAAUCAAAUUAUACUGACACUUUCUCUUAAUUCCAGCACCUGUUUGACUUGUGGGUUGUUUUUUCUGCCUAGGCAAUAGAACCAAAAGUUCUUUACUAAUGUUUAUCCUUCCAUUCGAACAGAAUCAGACCUGUUUGCCAUGCCUCAUGUACUGACUGUUCUAAAUAUGUUUACAAGCCCUCAUAAUGACAGAACCAAGAAAUUCUCAUGCCAAAAUUCCAGUCAAAGGAAAUGUAGAAAAGACACUCGCUUGGUUGAUCUGUUUCUGGAGAUUGGCUUCUGCCCCAGAUAUUUAGCAUUAAAUUUAAAAUAAAGUUGUUCCACUCUCAAGGUUUAAUGGUGGCUACUGUGGUAGUGAACAUUGCUGGGUCCACCUGUUGAGACUUGGUUAAAAAAAAACUUUACUUACCAUGAAUGCUUAACAACUUUUUUUUUAAAGCCAAAUUUCCAAUGGGAGAAAAGCUGGGAUCGCUUUUUUCUCUGAAAAAUAUCUACAAGAGACAGCUGGUUGCUGAGUCAGCAUUACAAAAUCUAGUUUUUCAAGCCCCCCUCUGCAAAGUUUUUAAUUUCUUCUGUUUGAUUCAUGAAUCUUCAAGUUAUUCUAACAAGAUGGUCUCAAUCAAUUUAUGAAAGCUCCCUGUGAAAAGGCAGCAAAAGAUGUAGCUCAAAUUUUUCCAAUAAAAAUAAAAACUAAUUACUUAUUUUGACUGACACAGAUUUAACACUGUAAGUAAAUAUACUAAAAAGAGAGAUUCUCAUGAACACAAUAUCUUUUGUAUUUUAAAUUCUCAGGAAAGACAACACGUUGCUUCCAGAGAUCUCAUAGGUGCUUUUGCGCAUUCACAUCUGUCCUUCAUAAGGGAAAUCCUUGCAUCUGGCUUUGUUAGUUAAAGGAAAAGUCAAGAACAUUCCAUUUUUAUACUUGCCUUUUGGGCUCAGCAGAAGAAGUAAAAAUCAGCACUUAUUUAUUUGGAGUGCCCUAUCCCCAUACUUGCAUGGCACUAACUUUUGGACUGUCAUUGCUACCCUGAAUCUUCACAAAGAUCUUGAAAUUGUUGGCAGCAAAUCUAAGCAUACAGGUGAUCCAUGUAGUUCCCUACCUUCCUUGGUGACUGACUUAUGAAAGUCAUCUCCAGCUUUCCUCUGAUUUCACCAACCUUGAAUUUUGUGAAACAAGCAAAGAUCAUGAAGUUUAAUAUUUUCCAAUAUGCUUUUUAAGAACAGCAAUGCAGGUCCCACGGCUUUUGACAACAUCUCUGGUUUGCUUCUGUGCAGGAAGUGAAGCAGGAAAGACCCAAACAAAUGCUUUCAAAAGCCCUAGAACCUUCAUUGCUAUACUUAAAAAGCAUACUGGAACAUUCUGAGAGAAAGACAAAUAAGAUUUCUUGAUCUUUGUUUCAGAACACUGUCUGACCUAAGGUGCAUGUAUAUCACUGAAGGAUCCUGCCAUCUAAUAAAUGCAGUGAUUUAUUAUUUUUUUCUCUCCUUUUUUAUUUUUAAUAUACUUAAUUUAAAAUAUAUAUAUAUAUAUAUAUAUAUUCCUUUCAAAAACUGAUGAUUAUUAUCUUAAUUAUGAGGUGAAAUUGUCUGGUUUUAAGCUCAGUUGGACUGAUUCCUCGGGAAGAUCACGGUGGAUGGGACCCUCUGUUACUGCAACCCUAUGCUUUUUGCACAGGAGGUCCUGGUUUACUAAUCUUCUCAGACUGUCCAAGGGCAUUUGCUAGAGAUUUCCUAUUCUACCAGAGGUUCUCCUCAAUCCAAACUCAGUGCAAUGCCAGUGAGCUUGCAUAUCUGUAUCAUCCAUGUGGUUGAGGAGAUUCAUCAAUGUAGAUAUAGGAGACUAGAUAUCUUUUAGAAUAUAUUAUUACUAUAGAUAGUGUGGCCUUGGAAUUUAAUUUAUUCAGAAUUUCAUUUUUUGUGAGGUGAUGUUUUACAUUUACAAUCUCUUUCUUCAGCUAGAAAUGAUUGCCAUGGAAAACCCUGCUGAUCUGAAAAAGCAAUUGUAUGUGGAAUUUGAGGGAGAACAAGGAGUAGACGAAGGAGGUGUUUCUAAAGAAUUUUUCCAACUUGUUGUAGAAGAAAUUUUUAACCCUGACAUUGGUAAGCAUUGACAUCAUUGUGUGACAUACAUGCGCUUUAUUCACCUCUAUGGCAACAUAUGCUGUUUUUUGUAUGUAAUUCACUUUUUGAGAUCAUAAUUUUUGUUGGGCAUUAAAUCACUAACAUACUUUUAUAUCUGACUGCGCAAAGUGGGUAGGUCACCUAAAACUUUCUUUUCUCCUAUUGUUUCCUCUUAUCUUCCUCUUUCCCAAUCUGUUCUUAUUUUCUGAUCUAUUUCUUAAAACAUAAGACCAUGUAUUUUUCCUACGCUUAACAAAUGUGACAAAUUGGUGGAGCUUAAAGGGAUACUAUAGUGCCAGGAAUACAAAGCUGUAUCCCUGGCACUAUCGCUCCCCCCUCCCUCUCUUGGGAUAAAAUCUGACGCUGGAUGUCCUCCUGCAGAACAUGAGGACGUCCAGCGUCAGAUACGAGACCAAAGGUCCGUUUUGACCCAGGAAGCGCCCACAGUGGCUGUUUGGUAGACAGCCACUUGGGGCAGACUUAGAGCUGCAAUGUAAACAUUUUCUCUGGAACUGCAAUGUUUUACAUUGCAGCACCUAGUGCAAAAGGUACACUGCACCCAGACCACUUCAAUAAGCUGAAGUGGUCUGGGUGCCUGUAGUGUCCCUUUAACCAAGCUCCACUUCUUUUGUCACAAAAAUUUCUUCCACAUUACUCACCUUUCUGUCCUUUCUCCUUGGCCUUGCAAGACCUUUGUGCGUCAUUUCUACUAAUAGGAGACUUCAGCUAUUCAUCCAAAAGAUGAAUGAACGAUUACAAAUUACAACGAAUGAAACUUGCUGGACAAAAUUUCUUUGGUUUAUUAAUUUUAUUUACAAGGAGGGAGCUACCAGCUCACAGCUCCUUCAUUGUAAUAUUUAAAAGGGACACUAUAGUCACCUACACAACUACAGCUUAUUAGUCCCUUCAGCCUUUUUGUAGGAAACACAGUCUUUUCAGAGAAAAGGCAGUGUUUACAUUACAGCCUUGAAAUGCUUCCACUGGCCGUCCUCGGAUGCUCACUGUACAGCACUGUCAUUCAGUGUUUCCACUCUCUGUAUGGAGACACUGAACUUUCCUCAUAGAGAUCAGAUUGGAAUAAGGGUAAGAUUUUACUUUGCGCGGUGGAGGGUUCCUAAAUUCCUCAAAGCCCCUCUCACCCUUGGCCUAUGGGUAUACUAUGACCCCCAUAUUAGUUAAGGGAGGUAAAAUCUUCUCUCCUGCCCCUACCUUCCAAGCUGCGAUUAGGGGCAUGUCUGUUAAACAGCGAGCAGCCAGUGAAAAACUCUUUCAUCAGAAAAGGUUAGCGACUAUAAAGCGGGACCUAGCAUUGAUCCCACAAUGCCCCACGGUGGGGAACAUAAUAAAAUAACUAACUUGAGGAAACAUUUUCAGAAAAAGUAUGAUUCUAAAAUCUGAUGCGAACAAUGCUGUAUUUUUAUCCUUGUAAUAAGGAUAAGCCUGGUUAAAGCAGCACUGUCAUGUCGAACUUACCUUUUCCCAAUCGAUUCCUCUUCUCUCCCUCUGUUAGGAUCAGUUCUUAAUUUCUUCCUGUCUGUCCUAAUUUUCUUUAAAACUUAAGACAAAGUAGGGGCUAUUUUGUCUUAUGGAGGUUUCCUACGCCAGACCAGCGGUGGAGCAAAGUGUGCUCCGUUUCCUGUUGUCAGAGAAAUUUUCCCACAAUUCUUACCAUUCCUCCGUGAUUUUGCAAUGCUUCCUGUCCGUAUUACCAAAUGUCCUGUCAUUUAGACAGGACGCUGGCGAAACUACCAAAUUUCGUCCUAACAAUGAGCACAGUGUGUUCAUUCAUGUUAGGAAGCAAUUCAGGACUUUGUUUGGAUCGGAAUUUCAUUUGAAUGAAUUAAAUUCUGAUACGAUUGGUGCCGGGGCUGCAUCUUGCAGCCGCUUUGUAGAUAGCUCCCUUAUACAGUGGGAAUGAGUGAGUUAUCUACAAAGUGAGGCUUCGUGAAAUUGCUUUCAGCCAUUUCACGAAUACUAAGUAAAUAUUUAUACGUAUUACUUGGCCGAAAUUCUGCCACCUAUCAGUACUCACUGUUGUAAAAGCAAAAAUAAAUCUUGAGGACCCUACCGGGCUCGCUGUGCGCGUGCAAGUAGAAGGGCUAAUGUAAACUGAAGAGGACCCACGCAUUCCCUCCAUGGCUGGCUGGUGGGGGGCCUUAAUGAAGCCAGGGGGGGCCCUAUACUUCACCUGUACAGGGAGAGCGUGGUAGGUCUUUAAAAUGUCUUUGUGUAGGGGGUAGGUGACUAGGGGCGAGGUCUUUGGCCGGUCACCCAGCCAAUGGCUGCUCACUGUUUAUGGAAAAACAUACACUACUCACAGCAUAAUAGCAAAAAGGCAGGGGCAUUGAGGACUUUGACUGUCUUCCUUAUGCUAUUAUGGGGGUCAUUUUGACUGGUAGAAGGGAAGGGAACAUGGGGGCUUAGCAAGUGGCAGGGAGCACUGCUUCCUGCAAAGCGUCUAUUCACACAUAUUACAAGGGAGGGAGGGAGCUGUCUUGCUUGAGGUCUUAGUUCAUUGGUUUGGGGAAAUUUCUGGCUAGGCAUUACGUCUUUUCUGAUGUGUUCAUCUUCAUCUACCCACACCAAAAAUAAAAGAUUAAAAAUAAGUAAUGGCCAGGGGACCUAUGGACAUUUAAGGGGGUGACUAAUUAAGACAAUUAGAUGAAGUGGAGUCGAGGGAGGGUUUUUUUUUUUUUUUAAAAGGGGAUUAGAGCCAUGACAGUGCAGCUUCAAUUUAAUUACUUCAUAGCUUUAUGUGAAGCUUAUGGCGUUUUAUAGAAAAUGGCCACACACAUGCUUUAUUGUAUAUUUCUCAUAAGUAAUAAAAUCAAGACUUUUAUAUGCAGUAAUAAACGCUGCAUACUUAUAAACUAGAUGGUAGAUACGGCAAAUUAAGCUUGUCUAUGUUAAGCUACACUAAGGUUUAAGACAAAUUGUAUAAUAGGGGCUUGUUGAUCACAGAUUUCACACUAAGCAAACUGCUUUUAUAUACCUAGAUUUAAAGGAUUAAACCAAACCAACUACUUAAAGCUAAUUUUAAAAUAACUACACAAAAACCCCAAGGAGAUCUUUAAAGGAACACUGGUUACCUAAACAACUUUAGCUUAAUGAAGCAGUUUUCGUGUAUAGAUCAUGCUCCUUAAGUUUUACUGCUCAAUUCUCUGACAUUUAGGAGCUAAAUCAUGUUGUUUCUGUUUGUGAAGCCCUUGUCACACCUCCCCUGACUCUGACACAGCCUGCAUGAAAAAAUAAACUGGUUUCACUUUCAAACGUAAUUUACCUUAAACAAUUGUAUCUCUUUCUCUAUAAAUUGAACUUCAAUCACAUACAGGAGGCUCUUGCAGGGUCUAGCAGGCUAUUAACAUAGGGGAUAAGAAAAUCUAAAUUAAACAGAACUUGCAAUAAAGGAAGGAUAAACUGUAGAUGACUCUUUACAGGAAGUAUUUAGGAAGGCUGUGCAAGUCACAUGCAGGGAGGUGUGACUAGGGUUCAUAAACAAAGGGAUUUAACUCCUAAAUGCCAGAUAAUUGUGCAGUGAGACUGCAGGGGCAUGAUCUAUACACCAUAACUGCUUCAUUAAGCUAACGUUGUUUUGGUUACUAUAGUGUCCAUUUAAUAUACAAGUAAGCAACUAUAUUCUUUUGUGUCUUUAAAUUAAUCGUAGUGUGUACAAAGCAACUAUAUUUCAUUAAUCAUGCAGUCAUAUAAUGUCCUCUAUCUUUACCUGUCUAUAAUAAUCUAAAGAGGUCAAGAGUGCAUUUUGUUUCUGGCCAAAUCAUGAUUCGAUCGGAAUUGGUUUUUCAGUCAAAUAACUAAACAGUCCAUUUACAAAGGAACCAAAAUGGCCAGUGGCCAAGCCAUUUUAGUUGCUUUACGUUUCCAAUUUCAUUAUAUGCCCACCAGCAGGCUAAUGGUUGCAGAAAACCAUCGGGGUUAAUCAUGUGGCGGGUGGCACCCACUUGCUAACACACCACCAUUUUAGCAUUUUUAACCCCUUAAGGACCGAGGAUGGUUCAGGACCGUCAUCGGCAUUUUCCCAUUGCCGACCUAUGACGGUCCUGAACCGUCCUAACGGUCCUAGUUACUUACCGGAUCGCUGUCGUUCCCCCGGCGCCGAUCAGUGUUGCUCCACACUGGAUUAGGACCCCUGUGGCCAUGGGAUCGCUCAACAUAGCGGUCACAAUAGGUGUCCAUGUGUCUGCCUGCAGGGGGCCUGUCUGUGCUGACAGGCAGUCUCCCUGCUAGUGUAAAAUCAUUAAAAAAAAAUAAAGUUAAUGUUAAUUUUAAAAAAAAAAUAAUUAUAUAUGUGUAUAUAAAUGAUAUAUAGACAUAUAUUAUAUUUAUAUAAUAUGUCUAUAUAUAUAUAUAUAUAUAUAUAUAUAUAUAUAUAUAUAUAUAAUGUCAUACUAAGUGUAUUUUUAUAUUAAUAUGUACAUAUAUUAAUAUAAAAAUAUACUUAUAAUUAAAGUACACCCGUGUGUGUGUGUGUGUGUAUAUGUAUGUAUGUGUGUGUGUAUAUAUAUAUUUUAUAAUGCAUAUAUAUAUAUAUUAUAAAAUAUAAAUAAGUAAUUUAAAUUAAAAAAUUAAAAAAAAAUUUAAAUUCUAUAUCUAUAUGAAAUUUUAUUCUAACUGUAUUUUAAAAUUAUAUAGUUAUAUCAAAAUACACUUAGAAUGAAUUUGUAUAUAUAUCUAUGUAUAUAUAAAUAAAAAUAAUACGAAAUAUACAUAUGUCCAUAUACAAAAUUACAUAAAUAAUUAUAUCAAUAUACACGUAGACUUCAAAUAUAUAAAUAUGCAUAUAUAUUUAAAUUCUAUGUGCGUAUUUAUGUAAUAUUUUUACAUAAUUAAGUAAUUUUAUUGAUUGCAAUUUGAGGGACCUGCCUGCCAACCCAGGCCCAAAUUCCAGAGAAUUUAAUUUGCUAGCACUGUAUUUUACCCUGUAACGUUCUACGACACCCUAAAACCUGUACAUGGCGGGUACUGUUUUACUCGGGAGACUUCGCUGAACACAAAUAUUAGUGAUUCAAAACAGUAAAACAUAUCACAGCGAUGAUAUUGUCAGUGAAAGUUACUUUUUUUGCAUUUUUCACACACAAACAGCACUUUUACUAAUGAUAUAAUUGUUGUAAUACGUUUCCCAGUUUUUAAACACUAAUAUUUGUGUUCAGCGAUGUCUCCCGAGUAAAACAGUACCCCCAAUGUACAGGUUUUAUAGCAUUUUUGAAAGGUCCAGGGUCAAAUAUUUUUACAUUGAAAAUGGCCAGGUUGGUUAAGUUGCCUUUGAGAGCGUAUGGUACCCCAGGAAUGAGAAUUACUCCCAUGAUGGCAUACCAUUUGCAAAAGACAACCCAAGGUAUUGCAAAUGGGGUAUGUCCAGUCUUUUUUAGUAACCACUUAGUCACAAACACUGGCCAAAAUUAGCGUUCAAUUUAGUUUUUUAACUUUUUUCACACACAAACAAAUAUGAAUGCUUACUUUGGCCAGUGUUUUCGACUAAUUAGCUACUAAAAAAGACUGGACAUACACCAUAUUGAAUACCCUGGGUUGUCUACUUUAAAAAAAAAUAUGUACAUGUGGGGUGUUAUUCAGAAAUUUAUGACAGAUAAUAGUGUUACAAUGUCACUAUUGAUAAAUUUUAAAAAUGUAUGUUUUGAAACCGCAAUAUCCUACUUGUACCUAUUGCUCUAUAACAUGCAAAAAAAAAAGCACGUAAACACUGGGUUAUUUGAAACUCAGGACAACAUUUUGAAUCUAUUUAGCAGUUUUUUUAAUUCGCUUUUGUAGAUGAGUAAAAGAUUUUUCAAGUAAAAGUCAAAAAACAUGUAUUUUUUUUUUUUCAAAUUUUCAUCAUAUUUUUUUUAUUUUUUUUAAAUUAAAAUACAUGAGAUUAUAUAAAUGAUGGUAUGUAAAGAAAGCCCUCUUUGUCCUGAAAAAAACAAUAUAUAAUUUGGAUGGAAACAGUAAAUGAGAGAGCGGAAAAUUACAGCUAAACACAAACACCACAAAAGUGUAAAAAGAGGCCUGGUCGCAAAUGUACAACAUCGCAAAAACAGUCCGGUCCUUAAGGGGUUAAUAAACAUUUUGAAUUUUUUUUUUUUUUUUGACAUGCCCCUAGUCACCAUGCCACAUUUUGGGUUAUUUCUAUUACGCGGUAAGCAGCCAGUGACUGCUAACUGUAAUUAAAAACUGGAUAUUGCUGCCCAGUCUCUAAUAAAAUACAGAGGUGACCUGGCAGAGAGCAGAUGGGUGCUAUUUAAUAAUCAAUGGAAGGACAUGCUAUAGAUCACCCCCCACACAUGUACCUCAUGUGGAGGGUAUUUAAUAUCCAACUGCUGCCAACCCCUAAUAAGUAAAAUAAAAUCCAUCUACCCCUUCACUCUAAAAACAGUGAGGGGUGGCCCCAUACAUCUAAUAUCUUUAAAAAUGCAUCUAAUACCUGUUAAAUAAAAUGUAAUACUUACCAUCAGACACUUUUUUUUUUAUUUUGAUUACAUUUUCUUACUUUUCCUCAGCUCUCAAAAAUACCUAAUAAAACUCCUUAAUAAUGAUGUGACUACUAAAAAUUAAGGCCCAAUUAGCAAAAAAAAAAGUAGAAUUUUGUUAUGUGUAAGCCAACAAAUCAAAGCUUUCUGACUUAGCUUGCAUAUUGUGGACUGGUCCUUUGCUUGCAAGUUUAUUUUUUUAUUUUUAUACGUCGUUGUCACGGCAAAGGUGUAUAAUUUAUUAUUACACUAUGGAAUAUCAUCUUUUAAUGUAAUUUGUGUAGUAAAUAGCACAAAUUACAGAGAUGCUAUUGCUGAGGUCAACAGGGGUUACAUCUUUUGAAGCUGGGACCCCCACAGAGGUUAGAUGACAGAAGGGGUAGUGUGAAUUGAAUAGCAAUGUGAAAAGGAUUUUACUAUAUGGAUGUGAAGUAAUCAAUGAUCUGCAAGGUGUGAGGUUCUACACUUGGAAAAAGUCUGAAUGUCUCUUCAUCCAUUUGGCAUGUACCUUGUAAAGGAUAGUUCAAUCAUUUGAAAUGGUAAUGGGAUUCGUUUCAUGAAGAUCCUUGUGUUCCAGUAUCUUAUCCAAGUGAAACAUUCAUACUUAUCCACAGGUUAAUAAUUAAGCCUCAUUUUUAUUAUAUUUGGAAUGGGACAAGCCCAAUCUUUUAAUUAAGCCCAAACAUGAGUUGCACAACUUAAACCGUGUGGCAGGACUUGUGAUGUCCAUCCUAUUGGAUCGUGGGGGGGCGUGCAACAUGUCUUUGGAAUGGGAAAACAAUAACAAAUUCAUAGAGGCAAUUAUUAUUUCUGUGGCAAGUACAGUAGAGGAGAUAAAACCAAGUUUAUAUGUGGCUUUUGGUUUCUGGAACAAAGGAGGUGGUCACCUAGUAUCCCUGUUGCUCCACCCCUGGUCACAGGAUAUAUCUCCUGUGAUUCUGAAGGGUGUUUGUGUACUUGCUUGGGGCCAAGAUCUAAUUUUGAGUGAGUCACCAUCUUUCCUUGCCAGAGACCCCCUGGACAGAAGUUGUACUUUGAAAACCUAAGUGAGUUUCUGUAUUUUAUCCUUUUUGUUUUUAUCUGUUGUUGGUGUAAAUAAUUUGUUUAUCAUAUAUUGUUAUAUGCACUGUGAUUCAUUUUUGCUCAUAAUAAACAUUCAUUUAUUAAGUUCUGCCUUUGUCUGGUUAAGAAUCACGUUACCUGAAGAGAUUAGCUAGUAUUUUUGUAAUUCCUUGAAUAUUGUACUAAGUAAUAUUUGGUGGGUUUUAUUGUUGAUUUACCUGGGGGAUCAAGGCACCCCAUUUAUAAAUUGUCUUGGUGGUGGCAGUGUUAAAAUAGUAAUAGUUAUAUUAUUAUGUUUAAGUGUGGGUGGUGUUAAAGGGGGAUUUUGUCAUUAUUUCCGGUCUAGUGCAGACAAAUAGUGAACUUUAACCCUUUCACAACCACAACUACGUCACACGCACUCUUGGAGUAGGGUGUGUUCGUGACAGUCGUGAUUUUUUUUAUUUUUUUGCUGUGUGCUUUUGUUUCUUAGAGGUGGGUGUUGUUUGCUAAUAGGGUAUUUUUAAUCGAAGCAUUGGUUAUUAGAUUUUUAUUUGGCCUUUGUACGGCUGAAAAAAGAUUUAAGAAAAAAAGGCAUCUAAAUGGACGUGUGUAUAAUACAUAUUUAUUUACAAGUAUUACAGAUUAUUUAAACCCCUGCUCACUAUUGGUAGGGUGAGGAUGGAAGUAGAAUAAUUAUGUUUUUAUGGUGGGGAUUGGGGUGUAACUAGGGGCUUUAGGACCCCAUGCCACAUGGAGGAUACUUACAGGGUUGGUACCCGGGCACACUUUUGGGUGAUGGGCAAUGGCGAGUCCCAUCCCCAUACACACAUUGUCCUUAAUAUCCUCACACCUUAAGCUCAUUAGCAUAUAUACUCCGAUUUAUUAGGGGGAACAAUAGCAUGUCCAACCCCCUUAUUAAAACUAACAAAGGCCCACCUUCUGGCCAUGGGUAGAGUCUGGGAGUGGAACAGAACACUAUAGUGUGUGUCCACCACAUUUAAUGAAUAACCGCCACCCAUGGGUGGGAUCUGGGGAGACACCAGGAUAUCGGCCCCCAGUUUUCUUUUUAUUACCUAGGGCCCUCAUCGGGUCACUGAUUGCUUACUAUUUAGUAUACAUGCCCCCAUAUUGUAAACCUUAUACCACUUUAACCUACUAGGUACGUCCGACAAAAAUGGUCCUUAAAGACGUCUGCGGCAAAUCUAUUAACAAAUCUAUUACUUACCUGAUUGCCGGCGGGGGUGUUGCUCCCAGUCUGGGGGGACUGCCUGACAGCCUGGAAAUUACGCCCCCCGCGGGCCACAUGACUGCAAUAGGAGUCCAUAGUGCUGCCUGCAGGAGAACUGCCUGAACUGACACGCAGUCUCCUUGCACCAGUAAAAUAAAACAUUUUUUAAUGAAUAAAAAUAUAUAAUUAUAUUUGUAUAAAUAUGACAUAUAUACAAAUAUAAUAUUUAUUUAUAACGUCAUACUAAGUGAAUUUUUAAAUUAAUAUAUACAUAUAUUAAUAUAAAAAUACACUUAGAGUAAAAUUACACACACGUGUGUGUGUGUGUGUGUGUGUGUGUGUGUGUGUGUAUAUAUAUAUAUAUAUAUAUAUAUAUAUAAUAUAACUAUAUAUUAUGUGUAUAUAUAUAUAUUUAUAUUAGAAAAAAGAUGAUUAAAAAUAAAUUUUAAAAAUGUAAAAAUAACAAACUAUGUAAUUUUAUUCUAACUGUAUUUUGAUAUUAAUAUAUAUUUAUAUCAAAAUAUACUUAGAAUGAAAUUAUAUAUCUAUGUAUAAAUAAAUAAAAAUUAAUACAAAAUAUGUAUAUCCAUAUACAUAAAUAAUAAAAUAUACACGUAGACUUCAAAUAUAUAAAUAUGUAUAUAUAUUUAAAUUCUAUGUGCAUAUUUAUGUACUAUUUUUAGAUAAUUAAGUAAUUUUAUUGAUUGCAAUAUGGGGGACCUGCUUGACAACCCAGGCAGAAAGUCCAGAUAAUUUAAUUUGCUAGCACUAUAUUUAACCCUGUAACUUCCAAGGCACAAUAAAACCUGUACAUAGGGGAGUACUGUUUUUCUUGGGAGACUUCGCUGAACACAAAUAUUAGUGUUUCAAAACCGUAAAACAUAUCACAGCGAUGAUAUUGUCAGUGAAAGUGAAGUUUUUUGCAUUUUUCACACACAGACUGCACUUCCACUGAUGAUAUCAUUGUUGUGAUACAUUUUACUGUUUUGAAAUACUAAUAUUUGUGUUUAACGAAGUCUCCCGAGUAUAACCGUACCCUCCAUGUACAGGUUUUAUAGUGUAUUUGAAAGUUACAGGGUCAAAUAUAAGGCUCGAUUUUCUGUUUUUUCACAUUGAAAUUUGCCAGAUUAGUUAUGUUGCCUUUGAGAGCGUAUGGUAGCCCAGGAAUGAGAAUUACCCCCAUGACGGCAUACCAUUUGCAAAAGACGACAACCCAAGGUAUUGCAAAUAAGGUAUGUUCAGUCUUUUUUAGUAGACACUUAGUCACAAACACUGACCAAACUUACCGUUCAUAAUUGUUUUUUUGCAUUUUUAAUACCCCCCCAAAAUAUAAAUGCUAACUUUGGCCAGUAUUUGUGGCUACUAAAAAAGACUGGACAUACCCCAUAUUGAAUACCCUUGGUUGUCUACUUUAAAAAAAGAUAUGUACAUGUAAGGUGUGAUUCAAAGAUUUGACAGAUAAGUGUUACAAUGUCACUAUUGAUAAAUAUUAAAAAUAUAUAUUUUGAAACCGCAAUGUCUUACUUGUACUUAUAGCCCUAUAACUUGUAAAAAAAAAGCUAAGAACAUGUUUACAUUGGGUAUUUCUAAACUCGGGACAAAAUUUAGAAACUAUUUAGCAUGGGUGGUUUUUGGCGGUAGUAAACGCAGAAAAGAUUUUGGGGGUCAAAGUUAGAAAUGUGUUUGUUUUUUGGGGGAGGGGGUUUCAUCAGAUUUUAUAAAUAAAAUUUAUAGUAAAUUAUAUGAUAUGAUGAAAAUAAUAGUAUCUUUAGAAAGACCAUUUUCAUGGAGAGAAAACAUGUAUGUAAUAUGUGUGGGUAUACUAAAUGAGUAAGAGGAAAAUUACAGCUAAAAACAAACACCGCAGAAAUGUAAAAACAGCCCUGGUCUUUAACGGUAAGAAAAUUAAAAACCGGUUGGUUAGCAAGAUGAUAAUUAGCACCUGCACCACCGAGUUGUUUGGGAAUCAUGACCUAAUUUUGGUCAAACCAUCACAUUGACAAGUGUCAGACAUCCCAAACAAAAUUUGAAAUCCAGGAAAUUUUAUUCUGAAGAACCGAACGUUGGCAGCAUGCACAAGUCUAAGUGAACAUAGUCUUGCUCAAGUGAGAACUUGACAAAGUAAUAAAGGGACAAUAUAGGGUCAGGAACACAGACAUAUAUUCCUGACCUUAUAGUGUUAAAACCACCAUCUAAAUAUACUAAAUCUUACUUGUAUUCCAGUCUGCUGCUGCUGGCUCUGCCCCUGAUCUGCCUGCUUGGCUGACAUCAUCAGAAGUGUUAAACAAAAGCCUAUAACGCCUGUCAAGGAGGCAGAUCGGGCAGCCAAAACACAGCCCUGGCCAAUCAGCAUCUCCUCAUACACAUGCAUUGAAUCAGUGUUUCUCUAUGAGGAAGGUUCUGUGUCUCCUUGCAGAGUGUGAGAACACUGAAUGCUCCAAGAAGCACCUCUAGUAGCCAUCUGAAGAGUGGCCAAUUGAGGUAUCUCUAGGCAGUAAUGUAAACACUUCCUUUUCUCUGAAAACAGUGUUUAAUGCAAAAAGCCUGAAGGGAAUGAUUCUACUCGCCAGAAUAAAUACAAUAAGCUGUAGUUGUUCUGGUGACUAUAGUGUCCCUUUAAAUUUACCUGUGAUAAUUCCUAUCCCUUAUCGUAAUUAUUCCUUGUUAAAAGACCUGUACAUAUUUUUUAUUUUGCUACAUGUAAGAUGUCCUGUUUAGGUCCAUUUAAUUCUCACUAUAUAUGGAGAUUUAUACAUUUGCAAAUUGAUUACGAAUUAUCACCUUUCCUUUUGCAGGUAUGUUUACUUAUGAUGAAUCUACUAAACUGUUCUGGUUUAAUCCAUCAUCUUAUGAGAACGAAGGACAGUUCACGCUAAUUGGAAUUGUUCUGGGCCUUGCAAUUUACAAUAAUUGCAUUCUAGAUGUUCAUUUUCCAAUGGUUGUUUAUAGAAAGCUGAUGGGGAAGAAAGGAACUUUUCGUGACCUUGCAGACUCUCAUCCUGUAAGUUACUUUUAUGCAUCUUCUGUACCUCUCACUACACUACCAUGUUUCAGUCUUAAAAACACACAACAAUUUCUUGUAAAAUGUAUUUUAAAAAAAGAAAAUGGGCCUUUUAUACAAGAAAACUACUAAUUGACCAAGUGUAAAAGUUUAUUAUUGGAUUAUCUGGUUAUGAAUAGUUGUCAGUAGCACCCACAUAGGAGUGUUUAUGAGCAGUCUUUGAUGCCUGCUCUAAUAUAUACUUUUUUUUUUCUUCUCUCUCAACUUAUUUCUCUGCAUUUGUUGUACACCAAACUAUUAAUGUUUAAAACACAUAUUACAUAUUAUUUCAACUGAUUGGUUUCAGAUCCAUCAACUCACAAGGUUUGUUAUCCAUGUUAUCGCAUAAUUUUCAAUGAUGUCAUCCAUAUAAACUGCAGAGGUUAUAAUUCAAGAAGUGAACAUCUCUUCUGUCUCUGCCAGUGUGUGGCAGCUUAGUUAAUACUGGUCAUAGCGGGGAAAUGAUCUAGUACUUCUUUUUCACUGUCUAAGCUUCAGGCUGUUUGCGGCAGAAAAAUAGUUGUCUUCAAUGUGGAUGUGUUUUAUGUGUGGAUAUAGUGUCUUUAAAGACCAAGGCUAUUUUCCACCAUAGGACCAGUGCCUAUGUGUUCUUGUUUUUUUGUGUAAAUCCUAAUUAUCUUCAAUUUUAGCCCUCAUAGUUUGCUCCCUGUGACCUUUUAAGUAAAUAUUGAACCAGUGGAGGUGUUCUUUAAAUGGUUUACCCCAACUGAACAGAAAAAACAGAAUAACCUUUUCUGUGGUAGUCUGUUACCCAUGCAAAAAAAAACCAAACAAUUAGUUUUGCGCAGUGUGCUUACAAGAGUAAAUGUUUUUUUCUUUCAGGUUCUCUUUCAGAGUUUAAAGGACCUUUUGGCAUAUGAGGGCAAUGUUGAAGAUGAUAUGAUGAUCACUUUCCAGAUCUCUCACACUGAUCUGUUUGGGAAUCCUUUAAUGCAUGACCUGAAGGAAAAUGGCGAUACAAUCCCUAUUACCAAUGAGAACAGGAAGGUAAUGAGAAAAAUAAAGUGUUUGUUAACCUUAAAUUUCUCUUUAAAAAUAGUAGCUGUAACGGACCGUUUUGCACACAAGAGGUUAAAAUGUACGGGUGCUAGCGUUGCCCUCAAUUUGUGACUCCACGAACUGGUGUUGUCUUGUAGCUGUCCUUCUGGGCUGUGGGAAUGAUCCCGUCGCUUGCCACCAAUUGUAACGGACAGUUUUGCACACAAGAGGUUAAAAACCGUUUAGGCGAUAUUCCCCUUUCCAGAUGCACGGGCAGCUACUGCAAGCACCAAUCUCCCGAGCUGCAAACUACACGAAUCCUCCAACUCCCGAACCGGAAACACACGAAUACUGGAAACAGCCGAACAGGAAAAGCACACAAUCAGCUUACACUCCUGGCAAUCAGCAUACAAUCCAAUUUCCCCCAAGAACGAGACGACGCUUCAUUUUGAGGGUCAAGCACAAUCUGGUUUACUGGGGCUACCUGCCCGGCUUUUAUGCAGGUCUCCCUCCUGGUGGACAGAUGGAAGAAUGGGACACAAUGGGUAAAAGGACCAAUCACAGACUUACACAUUUCAACAAUCCCAUAAUGCAUGACAAUCCCUCCUCUCUGGCCUGGAGAUAAUUGGGAAGUAAUCCAAUUAUCUCCAAGGACAGAGGCAAAACUCCAUUACACACAUUUUCAGUAAAAAGACACAAAAUUACAUACGGUUACCUUUAUCAUAUAAAACAUGCACAUUCUACAUAUCCCCAGAUAGCUUAGAUCUGAGCGCACAUUAUUACCGAAUGGCGCUCAGAUCACAUACAUACAGUUCUGUCGCCAUGGAGCGUCUUUUCCAUAGUCUUUCGUUACACGAAUAGGCUCCAUGGCAUAGCUAACUGGGGUGAUGCUGUUCAUACGGUUAAACUACCGAAUGAACAGUCAUUUGGUUCCACUACCGAAUGCAGAGGUAAGGAGGCUGGCGGCUUCGCACAGUUAAGUAUCCGUUUCCAGUUCCAUAGUUUGGGUGCUGAACACCGCUGGCCGUUCGGGAGUUAAAAUGGCCGCUGCCACGUGUUCGCCAAAUUAACAAAGGGCACCCAACGUUCGUCAAUUAAGCUGCGGUUAACCGCAGCUUCUGGGCGGUCAAUUGACGGCACACUCCAGUUCCCAGGUGCUCAAUCGUUCGGUACUUUGUUCGGUAGAUUGAAUCUACCGAACACCUCGGCAGAAAGGCACGAAUACGCCUUUCUGCAGGGAAAAUAAAAGGUUUUAAAUGCCGGGCCAUAGUCUAAAGGGAGCAGGUGAGCAAACAGGCUUCUCCAGUGGACAGUGGCAAGGUUGGUUCCGCCACAGUAGUUUUCAGUCACAAAGGUACUCUGAUAAAUUACCGAUGUUAUCUGAACCAUGCAAGUAAAAAUACUAAAAUUAUUGAGCAUUUAAAGGUCUUCAAAACGUAACAUAAAAAUAAAUUUAUUCAAUAUUCAGAUGUCAACAUAUUUAUUAACACGUUAAGACAUGUCAUUACGUCCUAACUAUAACUGGCUUUAAAGGCUUUAGGGCAUAGUGACACGUGCAGUUUUGGUGCAUUUAUCAUGGGCCUCAGACUUUUUGAUGCGCUGCAUGCAGUUCUGAAAGUCAGCACUGCAUAUAGCCCUUUAAAUCCAUAGAGAACACUACAUCUGAGUGAUCAAGUUCAGACACUGGGAUUCUCUCACUGGAUCUAGAGAUUGGUAGACCCCUAGGGUCUGAACAGACCUUGGAAGGUCUCCCUCCAAGCCCCAAUGGCAUUUUGAUCCGUGCUGAACUUUGUCAUUUGCCCAGAACCAAUGUCAAUCUAUUUGGCAUAUAUAUUCAAUGAAAAAGAUAGGAAGUUGUCAUACUGGAAAUAGCCAGGAGAUGGCAGCAACAUACUACUCUGUUUUAGUUUAGAUUUCCUUUUGCUAUUAUUAUUACUGAUAUUAGCCUAGGGAAACCUUUGUGUUUAUUAUUAAAUGUAUUCUAUAGUGUCAGGAAUACAAAUCGAAAUUCCCAACACUAUAGUGCCCUCUGGUACCCCCUCCCUUAUGGGCUUUGUGCACCCAGGAAUACCUAUCAAUCUGGUGUUCCUUUAAUAAAAAAAAUUGAUCCAUCAAUCAAGUUGCUUUUAUUCAAGCGAUUUCCUUAUAAGCUAUAUUUUGAUAGCAGCUACAUCUUCUUUCCCCAGAUACUGAUAAUCACCUUAUAUACCAUCUAUUAAAGAGGUUCUUUAUCUAGCGCUAGAUAAAAAAAACAGAACAUUAUGAAUUGGCUCUUAGACAGCCAUUCUCUAUAGUUCUCUCUAACUGACUUAUACUGUUUAAUAAUUAUCAUUGUCUAAAUAGUUUACACUUUUAACAGCCCCAGCAGCGAUGUUUGCAAAUAUUACAAAGUCCCCAGACGUUUACAGUGCUGUUUUAAGGCGUUAGAUAAGUGUAGUUUUUGUCCUGUCAGGACAAAAGCAUAACACAGAUUUUGAUGUACAUGGAGAUCUGAGUAGGAGCCUCAUGGAGUGAAAGUGAAACACUGUUAUGUGUAUUAUUGUUCUGAAAUCCUAAACUACUUAUGUGUGUAUUUCUCUAUUCAAUACAUUCAAUCUGCUCUAACACGAAGACCAAUUUGCAGUACAAUUUCUGAAAGCUUUUUUUUAUUUUUUGUAGUGGAAAUUUUAGUUUGGUACUAAAAUCCUCUGCCAUAUGAAGCCAACAAAUAUUUGUGCAAGCUUAAAAUGCUUCAUAUAAAAAAAAAAAUAUAUAGACUUUCUUUCAAAUUAAGGAAAGCCAUUGUGGAAAACCUCAAUCACCACUACGCUAUAUAACCUGUCUGUCUUUGUCCAGACACUAUAAAGACAAUGAAUUGGAGCUUUAAUUCCAUAUUAAUGUACACAGGAUUAUACUACCUGUAUUUUGAAUAUACCAUGUGCAUGGUGACAGCUGAAAGUAUAAGUAGAAUUUGAUUUACAUAUGCUCAUGUUUCUUCCAUAUAUUAUGAUACAUCUUUACUAUGACUGCAAUGAUUUUCAGAAAAUCGCUGUUUAAUAUGCCUUCCCCCUCUCUUUUUGAGAUCUAUGAGUAAGCCCCUAACUAGAAGUGACGAUGAAUGAAGCCUUUAUUGAAACAUGCCUUUAACAUACUAUUCUCUUAUUUUAGGAAUUUGUCAACCUUUACACAGAUUACAUCUUAAAUAAAUCAGUAGAAAAACAGUUUAAAGCAUUCAGAAGGGGAUUUCACAUGGUUACCAAUGAAUCACCACUGAAGUAUCUGUUUAGACCAGAGGAGAUUGAACUCCUCAUCUGUGGAAGUCCGGUAAGUAUUCUUUGAAUUAUUUAUUUUGCUCCUAAAACAUUUCCAAGCCUUAUCAUCUGUAGUUUUUAGGCUGGUAUCCGUAAAAAUUUUUUGUUUAGGUCACAAAAUGUAAUUUUUAAUUCUCUUUUUAAAGGCAGACUUGUGCAUUAAUGCUUUUCAACUAGUUACUGACAAAUCAAAUGCCUUAUAAUCUAUUCGGGAGUUACCAGUGGGUCUUAUACACUGAAUAGGACUCGGCAUGUUAGUCCUAGGCAUUUGGGCAUAGAUUAAAACGAUUUGGAUUUGUUCAUACCAGCUGAAAAGUCGAUUUAAAUGUUAGUGUCAUGAGACUAAUGAUAGAAAUGUGAUUUUAUACUUACAGAAUUUAGACUUUCAAGCUCUAAAAGACACAACGGAAUAUGAUGGUGGCUACACUCGAGAAUCAAAUAUUAUUAGGUGGGUGCAGAGCUGUUAAUGACAAUGUUACUGUGAGCCAUGUAAAAUAGUGUGUGCUAUGGUGCAGUUACACUUCUUAUGCUAACAACACAGUGAUUAGUAAAGUUUGCAAAUGCAUUGUAAUCAAAUCAUUGCCAGAUGUUUAUGAGCAGAUAGGACUGAUUCAUCGAUGAAAUGUAACACCUGUAAAUGAUGUUGCAGAACAGGCUGAGUUUGUACUUGAAUUUGAGAGAACUAAUGUUGCCUCUUUGGCCAGUACAGCUAAAUAGGAUGACAUUAUCUAGUGCUGUAGUAUUGAUAGAUAAGGAGAAACUGUCAGUGGGGAGAGGGUGAGUUGCAGAUGGAGGAUAGUUUCCAUUUUGUUUUUUAAAUAAAAGAAAGAAUAGUAUUGGAAAAACAUUGUUAGCUGUUAUGCAUUUAAAAUACCAGUGCCCAAGUCUGUUAAAGACAUAACCAAAUAGAAAAUAGCGGUAUCUAUUUGCUACAUUUAAGAAUACUGAAAAAUUACAGAUCUACCUCUUGUCCCAAUGUGCUUCAAUAAGGAUUACUUUUAGCAUCGUAUUCGCUAGCAUAUAUUUACCAUGGACAGCAAGUAAACCAAUUAUUAUAUUCUAAAAAUUAGAUAAAAGUUUCAAUAUUUAGUUUUAAAAACAAACUGUCAUAAUUUUGUAAGAUUAGACCUAAUUACAAGCAUUAUUUCAAUUGAUAAAAUUAAUAAUUUUUUUCAAUUUCACAACUGCUAUCAGAAAUAAUAGUGACCAAUUUAAAAAAAAAUCAAGAUAUUACUGUUCCUUAAAGGGACACCGUAGGCACUGUAUCUGCUUCAUCUCAUUAAACUGGUUAUAGUGUAUGGAGUCCCCUGGUGCCAUCAUUUCUUUCAGCAUUAAACAGUUUUUAAUGUUGUAAUGUUUUAAUGCUAAACAAGAGACCACGGCAGUCCAUCCCCUCUGUGCUGCUUUGGCUAAUAAGGAAGUAUUACCCUGAGCAGCAAUGGGCAGCUGUGAUUGGCUGAGAGUGUCGGCUGACUGCUUUUAACCUGUCAGCGCUCCAACUGACGGUAUGAAUGGGUAUGACAACAAGGAUGUGUGUAAUCUCUGCCUUAGCUACACAGACAGAAGGGGCCGGACUGUGGGUGGCCAGGGACUCUUAUUUUGUGGGAUACUGCACAAACAUGGUGCAACACUGAAUGGAGGCAGGGCCGGACUGGCCCACCGGGAUACCGGGAAAUUUCCCAGUGGGCCGUCGGCACGUGGGGCCGGCAGACACCUGGGUCUGCUGGUGGCCGCUGGGGAGGUCUUCUGGGGGCUUCUGGCGGCCGCUGGGGGACUUGUCCUGGCGCCCGCUGGUGGAGCUGCGCUGGCUCUGCUCCCCAGCGCGCAGCUGAAUGAGACCGGCGCCGGAAUAUGACGUCAUAUUCCGGCGCCGGUCUCAUUCAGCAGAGUGCGAGGGCGCGAGAGCAGAGCCAGCGCAGCUCCCCCAGCGGCUCCCAGAAGACCUCCCCGGCGGCUGCCAGAAGACCUCCCCGGCGGCUGCCAGAAGACCUCCCCGGCGGCUGCCAGAAGACCUCCCCGGCGGCUGCCAGAAGACCUCCCCGGCGGCUGCCAGAAGACCUGGCGGCUGCCAGAAGACCUGGCAGGUAUUAGUAAUGUGUCUGUCUGUCUGUGUUAUGGUGUGUGUCUGUCUGUAUGGUGUGUGUGUCUGUUUGUCUGUGUCAUGGUGUAUGAAUGGUCUGUCUGUGUCAUGGUGUCUGUCUGUAUGAUGGUGUGUCUGUCUGUAUGAUGGUGUGUCUGUCUGUCUAUGUUAUGGUGUUUGUGUGUGUGUCUGUGUUAUGGUGUCUAUGUAUGGUGUGUGUCUGUGUCAUGGUGUCUGUAUGUAUGGUGUGUCUGUCUGUGCUAUGGUGUCUGUCUGUAUGGUGUGUGUGUCUGUGUUAUGGUGUCUGUAUGGUGUGUCUGUGUUAUGGUGUCUGUAUGGUGUGUGUGUGUGUGUCUGUCUGUGUUAUGGUGUCUGUCUGUAUGGUGUGUGUCUGUCUGUAUCAUUCUGUCUGUAUGGUGUGUGUCAUGGUGUCUGUCUGUAUGGUGUGUGUCAUGGUGUCUGUCUGUCUAUGUAUGGUGUGUCUGUAUGGUGUCUGUGUCAUGGGGUGUGUGUGUGUCUGUCAUGGGGUGUGUAUCUGUAAUGGUAUAUGUGUGUUUCUGUGUCUGUCAUGGUGUAAAUGUGUGUUUAAAAAUAGUGUUUUUGUUCACCUUUUUUUUUUUUCAACCACGCAGCGUGCUGGUCUCCCCUCGACUGGCCCUGCCUCUAUAGCUGAGAUCAUCAAGCUUGAUGAUCUCAGCCAAUCCAAUGUUUUGCCAUAGGAUUGGCUGCAAAACGCCACUCCAAUCAGCAUCUCCUCAUAGAGAUGCAUUGAAUCAAUGUAUCUCUAUGGGGAACGUUCAGCACCUACAGAGUGUGGAGGCCCUGAAUGUGGGUGCACUAACACAGGAAGCACCUCUGGUGACCGUCUGAGUGACUGUCACUAGCAGUGUCACUUUGAAGCAAUGUAAACACUGCCUUUUCUCUGAAAAGUCAGUGUUUACAUUGAAAAGCCUGUAGGGACAUGCUAUAGACACCAGUACCACCACAUUAAGCUGUGUGUGUGCGUCUGCUAGUGAGUGAGCUUGCUUGCAUGCGUGUGCCUGCUAGUGAGUGAGCUUGUGUUUUAUGUCAAUGAGCUGAUGUAUAUCAGUAAGAUUGAUUGUCUAUGAGGCUGUGUAUCAGUGAGCUUGUGUGUGUCAUUGAGAUGUCAGUGAAAUUGCCUGUGUCUGCAUGUGAGUAUGCUUACUGUAUAAUUAAACGUUUUACCCUGAAAGGACCAAUAUUUUAUAUUAGAAAAAGCAAUAUAUAUAUCCAAAAACAGGAUGCACUCACAGGUCUUAAUUAAAGUAAAAAAAAGGUUGUUUUAAUUAUUCCACGUGAAAUAUACAAAAAAUCAAUCAACGUUUCGACUUUUUACGUUGAUUUUUUUGUAUAUUUCACAUGGAAUAAUUAAAACAACCUUUUUUUUACUUUAAUUAAGACCUGUGAGUGCAUCCUGUUUUUGGAUUUCUGCAUAUUUCUGGCGUUCAGGAUAAAGCACCCAGGCAAGAAUUCCCUAUUUAUUUUUAAAAGGACUGCGCCAAGCAUCCACUUUGUUGUUAUAUAUAUCUAUAUAUAUCUCAAUCAUCUGUCCUGGCAAGACAUAGCCUUACAUAUUACACGCGACAAUAUAUGGCGCAGUGACUUAUGGGGCUGGCACAAAUUUUUUUUCCAGGGCUGCUUUGUAUCCCCAGUCCGGCCCUGAAUGGAGGGACAGUGCCAGGGCACUCCAGGCACUAUAACCAAUUCAAAGAGACAAAGUGGUUAUAGUGACUACAGUGUCCCUUUAAAGGGAAUUGUUCCUUGCUCUGAUUACUCUUUACUGUAUUUUGUGAUUUAUAAGUUUUGUUUGUUUUUGUGCUUUGCAUGUGUUAUGCCUGGUCGGAUGCAGGCUUUGUAGUUUGUAAAUCAUGAGUACUUUUUAAGAAUAAUUAAGCCAUUCGUAUAAAACCAAAAUUUGAAGGGGAAUUGACAAAAAGCUUAAAAAGGUAGCUUUAUAUAUCAUUUCAUACAACCCCUCUGUUCCUGUGUGUCCAACUUGUCAGGUUACAAAUAUGUGUCUGUUAGUCCACCCAUUGUACAUUUGUUGGUGCUUUAAGAAGAAGAAUAAUAAUACAUUGCAUGCCAUUACUUGAGGUGUCUUGAUCUUCCUUAGGAUCCUGGCUUCAAGAUUAUUUUCGGGGCUAUAGGUUCCAUUUAAGCCCCUGCUGUGUAGAUGUUUGCAGAACAUUUCCAUAGGUUACAAGAUGCAAUCAAUGAAGUAUAUUGAAAAAAAUGUUUUACAGAUGACUGUGCAGAUAUUCUUGUUCAUUGAUUCUAGUUAGAUUUCUAUUUUCUUCUUUUUCUACUUCAGAGAUUUCUGGGACAUAGUCCAUUCAUUUACAGAUGAACAGAAAAGGUUAUUCCUGCAGUUUACAACCGGCACAGACAGGGCACCUGUGGGAGGACUGGGUAAACUAAAGAUGAUUAUAGCCAAAAAUGGCCCUGACACAGACAGGUAAGCUACCUAUUUAUCACGUUGUUUCAGACAUGACUUAUUAAGGACAUUGUGAUCAUUUGCUGAUAUAUCUUAACGGGACACCAUAGGCACCAAGAACACUUCAUCUUGUUGAUUUUGAUCUAGGUGCAAUGUCCAUGUCCCCUUAACACUGCAGGUGCAAACAUUUCAGUAUUCGAGAAACUGCAAUGUUUCCAUUGCAGAGUUAAGACUGCAUCUAGUGGCUGUCUACAUGACAGCCACUGGAGGCACUUUGUGCAGCUUACCAGACUCCGUGAAACAAGGUCUGAUGUCCUAAAGGCCUAAUGCACGAUCAGUGCUCGCCGGGCAUGCGCUUUAGGUUCCCGAAUCGCAGUGACAUUGGUGGAUGAGGAGCCUGACUCUUCUCCUAGGGACAUUGAUGCUAAAAUCAGGUAAGUGAAAACAGGUUUAACCCUUAUUUGCGGUUGAGGGAGUGGCGAGGAAGGGGUGUGGCAGAGUUUACUACAGUGUUAGGAAUACAGUUUUGUAUUCCAAACACCAGUGUACAUUUACGUAAGCUGGAAUGUAGAAUCUGUAUAGUUUACAUGUUGGGAUGGAAAAAGUUGCAGAGAGUAAAAACAUAGCUUGUAGUAUAACCUAUUACCAAAUUUCUUCCAUAUAAACUGGUUACUUUGAAGUGGUCAUGGUGGGAAGAGCCUGGAUGUGCAGCAUUUCAGCUUGAAAUGUAGUUGCACCCUCGGCACACAUGGCUAUGGCACUCUGGGACACUUUACUGUAUUGACAUUUGGCAGUCCAGAACAAAUAUGACUUUAUCAGCACGCACUGUGCGCUGGCAACAAAAGUAACGGAUCUUCUACCUUGUAGGCAGCGAGCCUUCAUGGCGAAACAUUCUCUCUCCCCCUGUGCAGUCUCUCUUGUGCCUGAUUUUUUGUUUUGUUUUUUUAAUUACAUUAAAAAUCCCUCCCUCGCUGGCUCAAAACGCAUGCAUACACUCUGAUCCUGCGACAGUGGUCAAAACAAAGGCUUUUCUAUGAGAAGCCUUUGAUUGGAUUUGUCGAGUGCACGGAUGGCAUAAGACGGGGCGUGGAGCUGGGCACCAGGAUCUUCGUCUGGUAGUAGAUUUCGUGUAGGUUUUAAAAAUUUUUUUAUUUAUUUAUUUUUUUUUUUACACGUUUUAUAACAGGGGUCCUAUUAGUAAUGCCCAAUAGGGCAUUGUAAAUCAAAAUCCAUUUACUGUCAAAAAGGGUUGGACUAACCCUUUAAUGAAUGUUUGAUUUUUAUUGCAGUAUGCGUAUAUGUAUCUUUUAUUUUGUUUCUGGAAGAAACUCACUUCUCCUUACUUUCUUGCAGGUUACCAACAUCUCACACAUGCUUUAAUGUCCUUUUGCUUCCGGAGUACUCCAGCAAAGACAAACUGAAAGAGAGAUUGUUAAAAGCUAUCACAUACGCCAAGGGGUUUGGCAUGCUGUAAAAUGAAAAUGGCAAACAAGCUCAACAAAAGGGAUCACAAUAGUUGAAAUUGAUAUCCCUGUUCAAAAAGGCCAUAAGAUAGCAAGCUACAACUAGUCGACUGUGUGUGCGCCUACCUUCUCCUUUGAGGACAGUGGGCUGGAACAGCAGAUUUCAGCUGCUUAUAUGAACAAAAAUUAUUUUGGGGUUUUGUUUUUGUUUUUUUCUUUUUGAUUUGUUUGGGGACUUUUCCAGCUAGUGUGAAAGUGUUGUACAAUCUUUCACAUUGAUGUACAGAAACAUUUUCCUGAAUAUUUAUUUUUAAGGGUUAAAUCACUUUUGCUUGUAUUACAUACUGCUUGAACUUGAACCUAUUUGAGUAUUGGAAAAUGUACUACUCUCAUGUGAAAAAUUUGCCAUCAUUAAGCAGAAAACCUAUCUUUCAAGUGUAUGCUUAUUUGUCUAUGACCAUGUGUCCCUGCAGCUAAUCGGGAACUGUGCUUUCUUUUCUUUUUCCUUUUUAUUUUAUCAUUAUUAUAAAUUUGCUUUUGAAACUUGAAUUCAUUGAAUACCAUGUGAUGCAAUGACUGCUGUUCUAGCCCCAAAGAAUUUCUGUGAGAAGAUAAUGUAGUCAAUAAAGAUUGAAGGGAGUACUUGGAAUGUUAACAUGCAGCCUUGCAAACUUUUUACUUUAGUCACAGCACAAAAAAUUAAAGAGAAAAUCACUUCACUAUUUGUUGUCCUCAAGUCUUGUAAACUAUAUUGUGUUUCGUUAAAAAAAAAAAAGAGAGAGAGAAAGAAAUUUGAUAUCAAUGGUAUAUCAAAGGGAUAUAGAGUUUAGCACGGUUUUAUUUUUCCAAUGACAGUUUACUGGCAGAAAUGCAUUUUUGGCCAAAUGUUCUGUGGUAGAUGGUGGACUUAUUAAAUUUAUGAGCAUUAGCUAUUUCCUUAUUAUAAAACAAAAAGGCGUGUGGAAGUGCACUUAAAGAAUAUUAAUUACAUAUUACGUUAACAAUAAAAUAGACAAUCCAAAGUCUUCCCUACAUAUUAUGUUGAAAUCCUUUAAUUUUGUGUUGUUUUGUAUUGUAUUCAAUGCACAUAAUUUUGUGCUGCUUCAUAAUUAGUAGGGAUUGUUAUGGCUUCUCUCCAAGACAGACCAGAAGAAUCGCAAAAAUAACGUAAUAAAAAAAUUGUAUCUUACCAUCUAUAAAUAGGCUUUAUUAUUUCUUUUUAAAUUAAGGGUUUAAAUCAUAUCGGAAUGUAUUUGUGUACCUUUCUUGGACUUCUAUGUGUAACGUUAACUUCAUGUUGCAAUAGUAAAUAAAGGGAUUAUUCCUUUUUAACCAAGGAUAAAAUUAGUAUGUCUUUUAGUAAACUGUUGCUGCAGAUAUACAAAACUGAGUUUGUGCCUUGACAGCUGCGCAAAAACGUUCUGAUGGUUUAAUAGUUUAUUUAAAAUCUGCAGUAUAAAGGCUAUAUAUUUUCCAGUUUCUUCUAGAAUAUUUUUUAUUAAGUAAGCCCAUGAAUUGUUUUUUUUUUUUUUGUUUAGUUUUUUUAUGUGUGUAAAGUACAGUGAUUGUACUAAAGGGUUGUUUUUGUUUUUUUGUUUAACUGCACAGUUAAAGGCCCAAUUCAUUCUGCUUUUUAUUAUAUAGGUUUGUAUCCCAAACUUUAGAAGUCACCAUUAAUAAAUGUAUGAUAGCAGAAAAUUAUGUAUUAUUUAGCUCUUUUCAUAUACAUUAACUGGAUAUACAUAUGUAACCACAAAUUUUGAUACUUCUGGUAAUGUGGUUUUGCUAAAUUUUGUACUGGAACUAUCCAGAAAUCAUCCCAUGAGCUGCCAAUAAAUUUUAUGUGAAACAUUUUUCUUUAGUAAGUUUCAAUAAAUCUUUCUAAUUAAAAGGGGGAGGCGAACACAAG